AUGGACUGGAUGAGAGCCAAGAAACUGAAGCUCAACCCAGGUAAGACCCUGAGACACAGUCAGUGGAUGGUUCCCUGUUCCGGGCAGGGUUGCAUUCUGCCUAAAGGAUGUUUGUUUUAAAUUAUUGUAUGUAUAUGCCUUUUACAAUGCAAGUCUCUUUGAGGCAUUUUACGUAGAAGAUGGCCCAUGCAGAUGACAGUAACAUAGAUUGCUGGGAAGUAAGUCUCAUUGGUAUCAACCAGAUUUACUCCCAGGUCAGUAUGAUUGCAGUUAUACAGCCACAUUUAUGCUGAAGCAAGUCCCAUGUUGUUCAGUGGGACUUACUCCUGAGUAAGAGUGCCUCAAAGGAGUAAGUGGGACUUACUCCUGAGUAAGAGUGCCUCACAUCGUAAAGAUAAAGGUAAAGGGAUCCCUGACCAUUAGGUCCAGUAGUGGCUGACUCUGGGGUUGCAGCGCUCAUCUUGCUUUAUUGGCUGAGGGAGCCGGCGUACAGCUAGCAUGUGGCUAGCAUGACUAAGCCGCUUCUGACAAACCAGAGCAGCACACGGAAACGCUGUUUACCUUCCCACCGGAGUAGUACCUAUUUAUCUACUUUUACUUUGACGUGCUUUCAAACUGCUAGGUGGGCAGGAGCAGGGACUGAGCAAUGGGAGCUUACCCCGUCACGGGGAUUCGAACCGCCGACCUUCUGAUCAGCAAGUCCUAGGCUCUGUGGUUUAACCCAUAGCGCCACCCACAUCCCAUCCUCACAUCAUACUUAAUAAUAAUAAGUACUUAAAAUUUCUAAGCAUUGCAAAGAGAUUAACAGAUAAAACAAUCCUUGCCAGCAGGCUGACAAUCUAAUGGAUAUGCUACAAAAGAAAAAGGGCUGAGGAGGGUAGAGGAAAGCAAACAUUGGAGCAGUGCUCUUUUCUGACAGCAAGCACAUAUUCUGCAGCUGCUUCUUCUCUUGCUUGGAUGAGGCAGAAUGAUCUUCGCCUUGUUCUUCCUGGAAUCCCUACAGCUUCCACAACCCUCUUGUUGAUGGAUUCGGCUGAGCUGCGACCUCUGUUUGCUCCUGUUCUUUAUUUUUAAACCCAUCCACAGAGCAUGUAACAAGUCGUGUAACAAAACAUUGCAUCUCCUUUUGUCUAUAUCUGAAAGGAUGGUGACUCUUUGCCUUCUACUUAUUUAGCCAAACGUAAUGGUUCCAUGCAGGAAUCUGGGUCACCCAGAGAGGUGGGGGUGGGGAGUGGAAGGGAAGCAGAGAGUUAGGGUUUCUGGGCCACCUACGUGUGUGUGGUGCUUUUUUUUGUGAACUGCCACAAACAGCAAGCAGGGGCUCAGCUGGUUCUGGGUUGCCAUUUAUCAACUGCUCAAUCCCUUCUUUUCUUCCCUGGGAUCCUUCAAAGUCCGCGAAGGUUUCUUUUUAGAUGAAUUGCUGUCUGGCAAGACAGCCAGGGGAGGCCUUGAACAACACAUAAUCAUACAAACUUCUAAUAGCUUCUGCAUUAAAACUGGUGACACACUUUACUCUUGCAUCCCGAAAAGGCUUAUGUAAGAGGAGAACUUCUUGGCAAAGGGGACCAGCUCUUGGACAGUGUUGAAGUAAAUCCUUGUGCAAGUGCAAUGGGACUUUCACCCUCUUUCCUCCUUCCCCUUGCACACGCUGUCUCCAGAUCUGCUCCAUAGAAGCGGGGGUAAACCCAGAACAGAUUUAGGGGGUGCCUGGGAGAACAAGGGGUGCUGUUGAACAAGCAGAAAUCAUUUUGCUGAAGCAACACUAGCUUUAGUGAUACAUUGCACACCAUCCCUUAUGUAGCUGCAUGGAUCACUGUUCUGGACUCAGAAAGAGCAUGAUAGCAAAGGCUUCUGAGACCCCGAGACCCUGGAGAGCGGCUGCCAAUCAGCUGCAGCCAAUACUGGGCUGGAUGGACAGAAGCCUGACGCGGGAUAAGGAAGCUUCCUUAUUUUGCUUUAGGUGUCCCUGCUGAUUGGCAUGCCUAGAACAGCAACUCACACGGAGAUGAAACAGAGAACAGUUUGUAUCCUCUGAGGGUAUGUAAUUCUGCUGCAGCUCUUGUAGUGGGUGCGAUGGGAUGUUUUCAUCACACUCAGGGCGGAAGAGACAGCGAUUCUGCAGACUGAAGCAGUCGAGUGGGCACAUAUGGCAAUCUUGCAAGUAAACCGGUCCCUAAUUGUUAAGGGCUUUAUAUACUAAUGGGAUGCGGCUGGCGCUGUGGGUUAAACCACAGAGCCUAGGGCUUGCCGAUCAGAAGGUUGGCAGUUCGAAUCCCCGCGAUGGGGUGAGCUCCCGUUGCUCGGUCCCUGCUUCUGCCAACCUAGCCGUUCGAAAGCACGCCAAAGUGCAAGUAGAUAAAUAGGUACCGCUCCAGCAGGAAGGUAAACGGCAUUUCCGUGCGCUGCUCUGGUUCGCCAGAAGCGGCUUAGUCAUGCUGGCCACAUGACCCGGAAGCUGUACGCUGGCUCCCUCGGCCAAUAAAGCGAGAUGAGCGCCGCAACCCCAGAGUCGGUCACGACUGGACCUAAUGGUUACCAGAGGAUGCAAGCUGCAAACUGAGCCUUCUUUGCAGCCACACAGUAGGCAGAUUAUGUGCUCCAACCUGUGGCGGCUUCAGAGCAAGACUGAGACUUCUCCAUUGGAGAAGCAUCCAUGUGCCGUCUUCUUCUGCGCAUGCGCAAUACCUAGAGAUGGUUUGUGACUGCACAGUGCCAUGAAGUGCGGCCUUGGGAAGUUCUCCUGCACAAGCCCCAUCGGAAUGUAAGCCAUGACUGUUUUUCUCUCCCAUUCAUCAAAUCCCUUUAUAAAGCUAUCAGACCUGGUGGCGGUCAAAUCUGAUUUCAUCCACUUUGCUGAAAUAAAUGGGAGGCCUCCCAUUUUCUUAACCGCUUCUAUUCUCGGGGAUUGGGCAGGAGGGCUUCCCUGAGAACUGUGACUGAUCAGAUCUGGAUCUCCCAUUCUGCCAUGGGCACUGCUGCCUCAACUCGCUGCAUAGUAGGACCUUCUCUGCUCUUACAGUCUUCAGGAUGCCUUGCGUGGCCCUGUCCUAAACCUUCACGGACUUCUCUUGUGCUAUAAAGACUUUCCCCCCAGCAAGGCCAUUGACUGAUACUAUUCUGGCGCAAUGCUUGAUCAAAUGUUCUCAGGUGCUCACAUCGGGACCCAGAACACAAACUCUAUUUUUCAGAGCAGAACAAACUUUUAGGAGAAAAAGACUUGAGUAAAUUAAAUUGUCAGCUUCCCGUUCCAGCUCUCUUAACUUAGGGUGCCCCCCCACCUUCUGCCUCACUUUUUAAACCUUUGUCAUGGCAGUAUGUUAAUGGUUCACUGCACUGUCCCAGUUUCUCUCUGUGUUUUUUUUACAUCCUAUUAAUAGCGGUUGUCCCAGUUUCAUAUUCAGCAGGGGCUUUCUCUGCGCCCUGGUAUAUAACUUCCUGGCUCACACAUCUCUGUUUUUAACCAAUUCAUCCGUUGCAAACAUUGAGUCCUGUAUUUUAAAAAUAAUGCAUUUUUUUUUUCUAUUUAGGCAUUAGUUGUUUUGUGCUACAGGCCUGAGCUGUCAUUCUAACUUCCAGACUGAUAACUCAGUUGGUAGAGCAUGAGACUCUUAAUUUCAGGGCUGUGGGUUCAAGCUGCACAUUGGGCAAAAAAGAUUCCUGCAUUGCAAGGAGUUGAUGACCCAACUCUGCAGUUCUAUGAUCCUAUCUCCAAGUGUUUUAUAUUAAGCUAGUACUGUAUUUGGGACACGGGCUAGUACUGUAUUUGGGACGCGGGUGGCGCUGUGGGUUAAACCACAGAGCCUAGAGCUUGCCGAUCAGAAGGUCGGCGGUUCCAAUCCCCACGACGGGGUGAGCUCCCGUUGCUCGGUCCCUGCUCCUGCCAACCUAGCAGUUCGAAAGCACAUCAAAGUGCAAGUAGAUAAAUAGGUACCGCUCCGGCGGGAAGGUAAACGGCGUUUCCGUGUGCUGCUCUGGUUCGCCAGAAGUGGCUUAGUCAUGCUGGCCACAUGACCUGGAAGCUGUACGCCGGCUCCCUCGGCCAAUAAAGCAAGAUGAGCGCCGCAACCCCAGAGUUGGCCACGACUGGACCUAAUGGUCAGGGGUCCCUUUACCUUUACCUGUAGUACUGUAUUACAAUACAGUCAUACCUUGGGUUACAGCCGCUUCAGGUUGCAUUUUUUCAGUUUACGGACCGCCGAAACCCGGAAGUACUGGAACGGGUUACUUCCGGGUUUCGGCGGUCACGCAUGCGCAGAAACACUGAAUCACGCUUUGCUCAUGUGCAGAAGCUUUGAAUUGCAACCCGUGCGUGCGCAGACACGGGUUGCGAAUGCUGCGGGUUGCGAAUGUGCAUCCCGCACUGUACAGUUGUACCUCGGGUAAAGAACUUAAUUCGUUCUGGAGGUCUGUUUUUAAUCUGAAACCAUUCUUAACCUGAGGUACCAGUUUAGCUAAUGGGGCCUCCCGCCGUGCCAUUUCUGUUCUCAUCCUGAAGCAAAGUUCUUAACCCGAGGUACUAUUUCUGGGUUAGCGGAGUCCGUAACCUGAAGAGUCUGCAACCCGAGGUACCACUGUAUUAGCAGUAGCAGUGAAGGGAACAAAGACACAUGCAGAGAGAGAGAAAGAUAGACUGAGCAAUUAGUGGUGAUGGCUAUAUGGAAUCUUUAGGUUCGGGGGCUAUAUAUGUCUCAGUAUCGGCCACAUCUGCACCUUGCAUUUAAAGUCAUAUCACACCACUUCAAGCAAUCAUGGCUUCCUCCAAAGGAUCAUGGGAACUGUAGUUUGCUGAGAGGGGACUCCUUGUCCCUUCACAGAGCCACAGUUCCCAGAGCUCCAUGGGAAGAGGAUUGGACUGUUAAACCGCUUUGCAAGGGGAAUAGGGUUGCAAGGGGAAUUGUGGCUUUGCAAGGGGAAUAGGGUUCUCCUAACAACUCUCAACAUGCUUAACAAACUACGGUUCCCAGGAUUCUUUGGGAGAAACCAUGACUUGUAAAAGCGGAAUGUUACUGCUUCAAAUGUAAGGUGCAGGUGGAGUCAUAGUUGUGGGGGGCAACAACAGCAAAGGAGGGCUAGUUCAAGCCAGUCAGAUGGGCGGGGUACAAAUAAUAAACUAUUAUUAUAAAUUAUUAUUAUUAAUCUAUCCCCUUUUUGUGGGUUUGCCAUAGGCAUCUGGAUGGCCACCGUGAAAACAGAAUGCAGGACGAGAUAGGCCUUUGGGCUGUUCUUACAUCUUAUUGCUCUGAUUUGAUUUAUUCCAGUAAGCUUUAAGCAUACCCAGAUUUCAUAAGAUGAUCCCAUCUGUGUUCUACAUACAAUUCCUAAAAGAGUUCCUCCAGUUGAGACAAUUUAGGUAAAGGUAAAGGGACCCCUGACCAUUAGGUCCAGUCGUGGCCGACUCUGGGGUUGCAGCGCUCAUCUCACUUUAUUGGCCGAGGGAGCCGGCGUACAGCUUCCGGGUCAUGUGGCCAGCAUGACUAAGCCGCUUCUGGCGAACCAGAGGAGCGCACGGAAACGCUGUUUACCUUCCCGCUGGAGUGGUACCUAUUUGUCUACUUGCACUUUGACAUGCUUUCAAACUGCUAGGUUGGCAGGAGCAGGGACCGAGCAAUGGGAGCUCACCCCGUCGUGGGGAUUCGAACCGCCGACCUUCUGAUCGGCAAGCCCUAAUCUCUGUGGUUUAACCCACAGCGCCACCCGCGUCCCUUGAGACAAUUUAAAGAGGCCCAAAUUGUGGAUUCUCAAAACCGUCUGCACAUGAUGAAUGCAUCUUAGAAGCGAUCAAAGUAUUUCAUGCUCGAAAUGGCAUUGACACAUGCACCAGGGUUAAGCAGAUGUAGGGCGAUUUUAAUUUCUAUGGUGCAUAAUUUGGCAGUUUGGGGCUUUUUAAAUGGUUGGGCCCAUAGUGUGGUUUGCACAGAGGCAGCCCCAUGUUUUUGUGGCCACACCAUUUCCAGGUAUGGUUGGCAAGAUCCUCGCACAGCCCCUGCCAGUCAGAGCUAGAUGAAACAGUUGUCUGACUCAGACAGAUUCCUAUGAUCCACCCUGAGCACUUGAGAAACUCAGUGAACUCUCUCAGUCUUGGAACUCCCAAUUUGAGUGGCUCACAGUUGCUUAAAGCUGCAGCCCUUGACAUGUCUAUUCCAAAGUAAGUCUAACUUUGAUUUUCACUGUGGAAUUUACUUCCAGGUAAGUGAGCCCAGGGUUGCAGCCUGCCUCGCUCUCUGUUGUCACUAGUCACAAGGCUUUAGCACUCUGUAGUCACUAGUUGUCAGGGGAAACCACCUGUACACUGAUUAUGGCAUCACAGAAAUAAAUAACUGUCUUCAGAACUUUGGCAGGAUUUACAAUAUGGUGACCAUGAGCCAACCAAAGAGGCACUUUUAAGGCCCCAGUGAUUUCAAGGGCAGAUACCCCCAGUAAAACAAAAGGGGCAGAAAAUUCCUCUAAUCUUAUAAUUAUUCAAGCUUGGGUCCCCAGGUGUUGACUACAACUCCCAUCAUCCCUGACCAAUGGGCCAAGCCGGCUGGGAACAAUGGGCUCUGUAGUCCAACACCAUCUGGGGAGCUUACUGACUGCAGCACUUUUAACCAGCUGCGGUUCAGAAAUUCUGGUCACAGGGAGGGCCUUGCAGAGGCCCGGGCCAGGUGAAGUCUUAUAAAUAAGUAUAUAAAUAAUUUUCACAAAAGUUAUUCUGACACAUAAUUUUACUUCAAGGCUUGAACCGUAUCUGCAUAUAAAGACAAAAUGAUCGUGAAUAUGCUGACCGAGGCCCCCUUUGGAAUCGGAGGCCCAGGCCAAGUGGCCCAUAUGGCCGCCCCUCUGUCUGGGCCUGGUCACAGGCAGAAAUCCAACAGGUGUAGCUUUCCCCAGCUUUGGUGCUGCCUAUACCAAGGGACGCGGGUGGCGCUGUGGGUUAAACCACAGAGCCUAGGACUUGCCGAUCAGAAGGUCGGCGGUUCGAAUCCCGCAACGGGGUGAGCUCCCAUUGCUCAGUCCCUGCUCCUGCCAACCUAGCAGUUCGAAAGCACGUCAAAGUGCAAGUAGAUAAAUAGGUACCGCUCCGGCGGGAAGGUAAACGGCGUUUCCGUGCGCUGCUCUGGUUUGCCAGAAGCGGCUUAGUCAUGCUGGCCACAUGACCUGGAAGCUGUACGCCAGCUCCCUCGGCCAAUAAAGCGAGAUGAGCGCCGCAAUCCCAGAGUUGGUCACGACUGGACCUAAUGGUCAGGGGUCCCUUUACCUUUACCUAAAUUGUCUCAACUGGAGGAACUCUUUUAGGAAUUGUAUGUAGAACACAGAUGGGAUCAUCUUAUGAAAUCUGGGUAUGCUUAAAGCUUACUGGAAUAAAUCAAAUCAGAGCAAUAAGAUGUAAGAACAGCCCAAAGGCCUAUCUCGUCCUGCAUUCUGUUUUCACAGUGGCCAUCCAGAUGCCUAUGUCAAACCCACAAAAAGGGCAUAGAGUAAUAAUAAUUUAUAAUAAUAGUUUAUCAUUUGUACCCUGCCUAUCUGACUGGGUUGAACUAGCCCUCCUUUGCCCCCCACAACUAUGACUCCACCUGCACCUUACAUUUAAAGCAGUAAUGUUCCGCUUUUACAAAUCAUGGUUUCUCCCAAAGAAUCCUGGGAACUGUAGUUUGUUAAGCAUGUUGAGAGUUGUUAAAAAGGUAAAGGGACCCCUGACCAUGAGGUCCAGUCGUGGCCGACUCUGGAGUUGCGGCGCUCAUCUCGCUUUAUUGGCAAAGGGAGCCGGCGUACAGCUUCUGGGUCAUGUGGCCAGCAUGACUAAGCCGCUUCUGGCGAACCAAAGCUGCGCACGGAAAUGCCGUUUACCUUCCCCUGCUGGAGCGGUACCUAUUUAUCUACUUGCACUUUGGCGUGCUUUCAAACUGCUAGGUUGGCAGGAGCAGGGAUCCAGCAACAGGAGCUCACCCUGUUGCGGGGAGUUGAACCACCAACCUUCUGAUCGGCAAGUCCUAGGCUCUGUGGUUUAACCCACAGCGCCACCCACGUCCCUUGAGAGUUGUUAGGAGAACCCUAUUCCCCUUGCAAAGCCACAAUUCUUAAAGUGGUUUAACAGUCCAACCCUCUUCCCACGGAGCUCUGGGAACUGUGGCUCUGUGAAGGGACAAGGAGUCCCCUCUCACCCUUUACCUUUUUAUACCACUUUUUAUUUUAUUGAACCACCACGAAGAAGACAGUGCUUCUGAGCAGACCGAGAAUGCCCCAGCUCCACCUCCGGUUAAUCACCACCCCACUCUCCCCCUUCCCCAAGUCAUCCUCGCCCUCCCCCACCCGGGAUCCAGAGCGGCAGCUUGGCUCCCUUCUGGGGCAAAUCAGGACGUGACCCCUUUCUCUGCUGACAAUAAGCUGGGAACUGCCGCUUGCCUGUGUCCCAGAUGGGGCCGUGCCAGGCGGCGGGUGGGUGCGGGGGACGCGAUCGGUGGGUGGGUGCGUGCGUGGGGGGGUCCUCCCCCCCCCCGAUCUGGGCUGCUGCUGCUGCAAUGUGUGUGUGAAGCGAGGCCGAGCUCCCCUUCCCCAUCCUCCGCCUUGCUGCCCAUGUGCGGCCGCGGGAGCUGAUGUCAUCGCUUGGGCUGCCUGAAAUGUGUGUCAGUGGGGCAUGCCUCCGAUGCUGUCACAUGCAGGCUACACAUGAGCCAGCCGCGGAGGCAAGCCAGAUCUUCCCUCCCUCGCUCUCUCCUGGCUCGAAAACAGGAGCGGCUAAUCCCCGAGUUGAACAAGCAAAAAAAGAAGCAGCAGCAAGCGAGCAAGCCUCACCCGCGUCUAUACAAUCCAGGGAGCGCCGGAGUAAGGGGAGUGGUGGAGAGGGGGGGGAAUCUGCAGCCGGAGCCGGGCUUGGAAGCACGUGGAAGUGGCAGCAGGCUGCAAAAACGCCGCUUUCGGGAACCUGAAACCAUUUCGCAGCUCGGGAGCAAGCGAGCACGCGCACACUCGCAUCCGCGGGAGAAAGCAAGGGAGGGGGAAGGAGGGAAGCCGCAGAGGGUUCCCUUAGCGCUUAGCCUACUUGCUCCGCCGAUCGUUAUUUCCAUUUAUUUAUUUAUUUUCGGCCGCUUGGAGGGGGGCGCCUCGUUUGCAAGCACACACGCACCGCACAGGUCUAUUGCAACGGCUCGUCGCGAUUUCUCCCUUGCAAACCCGGAGUCAAAUCUGCAAACGGAAGCCGGGCGCCUGGAGACGCAGCAACAUGGAUAACAAUUCGGGUAAGCCGGCGAGCGUUGCUGUGAUGCUGCAAACUCUUCUCUCUCGCUAGGAUUUUAGCGGAUCGUAGGAGAUGGCAUCAGUUCUCUGGAAGUGGGUGGGCGCUAAAGGGGGAAUGCGAAAAAAGAGGAGAGGCUGCACCCGGGUUUGUGUUUUUUGGGUUUGUGUUUUUUUGCAAGCUGUUUGCAAAAUGCAAUCAUCUUUGUGCCAUAUAUAAGCCGGGUUUUUAACGUUCUUUUCAGUGGCAAUAUCCUAGGAUAGGAUAUCCUAUCAGGUUAGAUUCCCGGCACCGGAAGGCGUUCAUAAGUCUGGGAUUUAAUUCAUUUCCCAUUUAGAAAAACACACAUCAGCGCGCACAGAAAUCCCCUUGCGUUAUUUUUAGACAUUUGGUAUUUUCCUAGCCGAAGCGUACAUUUCUGAAUUGUGAGUGGGGGUUUCUAAAGACCCUUUUAUGCCUGAUUUCCUCCCCUUUUUAUUUCUUUGCAUGAAGAGCGGGGUGGCGGUGGAGGGAGAAAAUAGAAAUAUGGUUUCGGUUGGUACUGGAAUGGUUGUUUAAGUGGAAAGGAGAGGGAGGGAGGGAGCCAGUCUGAAAGACGUGCAGGGGCAGUCAAGGAAUGAGAAAAUUAUUGCUGCAAUGUGGGAAGUAGUUCUGAUGCGUAAAAUUACUACUUGCCUUCGAAAUUUGUUUUGAUAAAAUAGCAUGCAUUUGACUCGCGGGAAUGCCCCGGGAUUCGUGCACCUCGGUAAACAAGCCCCGUGGCAUCUGACUGGCAGGCUCUGAAAAACUGCAACUCAUUUCUGUUUUGUCCUCGGCUGUUGUGCAAAAAAGGAGGGUGGAAAUAUUGCAGCUUUGGAGAGCUCUGUGUGUAUAUGUGCAAAUUGGAGGGGUCCAGCAGUCACCCCCAUGAGGUCUCUCUGGGAUGUACGAAUUGAUGCGUGUGGAGACCUACCAAGUGGGAAGUUGGGUUUUAGGGGAACAGGGUUGCUGAAAGCGGGGUGAGAUGAGGUUAACCCAGGAAAGUGGGCCAGUGUAAAGAGAGCCAGCUUUUUACAUAGGAGAGAUGAGCAAGUGCUGCUUUGCACAGAAUCAGACCAUCCAGCCCAGACUGGCAGGCCUCGGGUAAAGGUAUUUCCUUCCCAGCUUGAAUUCUCUUCCCCUGGUAGAUGCUAAGGAUAUGGGACCUUGGGCUGUGUCCUCUUUUACUCUUUUACUGUGUCAUUCCAUCACAGCAGAGAAGGCUGCCCAGCGUAGAGUUCAGCAUCCUGUGAAAAUAUCAACUUUCUUGUUUUAAAAGGGCAAGUUUCUAGUCCUUAAUCAAUGCUUGGUGGCAGUAGUGGCAAUGCUGGCUGAAAUCUCAGAUGCGGGGGGUGGGGGGAGAUAUCUAAGCAAGGCUUCCAUGGACCAGGAGAUGGGUCUUGGUGACCUGCAUAGCUCUUUGCCUGUCCUUUUAGCAGAAGCAGAAUAAAUUAUGCCCCCAAAAAGCAGAUAGAUGCAAAUUUAUUUAAUUUGCAGCAUUUACACAGGCUGCCUGAUUUUUUCUUGCAUUGGCGUGGAUGGAGCUUGCUGCAGAAUUUUCAUUUGUUUGUUUUAGUGAAGAAGGUUACAAACAGAGCCAGGCUGGGUUACGUAUCUUUAUAUUCAUGCAAGAGUGCCUUCCAUAUGUGUAAGGGGGGGGGGGUUCUCCCAUCUACUACAGAUCUCUGGAAUACGAAAUAAUUUUCACAAGGAAUCCUCUGCUGUGCAGUCUUUGUGGGGGACACUGUGACCUGAUUUCAGAGUUGCAGAGCCCCGGGUUGCCCCGUGUCUCCUCCCCCGCCCCUCAUUCCUGCUAAAUCAUCUAUAAGAAGCUUUUGGAGUGCAGUGUAGGGGAAGCGUUUCAUAGCAUUAAGAGUCCCACAGAUCUCCUGUUAACCCCCAGAAGUUCCUUGGUGGCCACAGAGUGACGGACUUGGGUUCAAAUCUCGCUGAGGAAUAGAAUGAACUCGGUGGCUGUGUGAAAGCCACACUUGCCUCUCAACCCAACUGACCUUGCAGGUUUGUCAUUCGAAUUGAAUGGAGCAUGCAUUCUGCCUUGAACUCCUUUGAGGAAUAAAUACUAUUUUUUUGUAUUUCAUGCGCACUCGCAUUAAAAGAACUUGGACGUUUCUAGUCCCAGGGAUCAUUGGGGCAGCAGGACAAGAAGCAGGAGCAACAUGUCACUGCUCUGGGGCCACUUCUGGGUCAAUAGCAUUAGAAGCGGUCAGCCCUACUGCGGUUUGGAGGUGGGUGGUGUGCAAGAUGCCAUCAAGUUGCACUUAAAUUCCACCGUGAAGCUUAACAUCACUGUGAUGCCCCCCCCCCCUUCGGCUGGGGAAGCUGCUGUGCCUUCUCCACUGGGGCAAUGCAGCAAUCAGAAAUUCUGGGACUGUUGUGACGUCACAAUGGCCUCUUGAAGGUUUCCUUAUCGUUCUAGGAGGCUGCUGUGGUGAUUCACGACAACGCAUGUUGACACUGUGCAUUGUGCUACAAUCUCUCGAGAUGUCACUUUCCAGUUGUGGGUUAACAUUGGGUUGGAUGACUUAAGCCCCAUUGAUUUCAACCUCUGUGCAUGACUAAGUCCAUCCUGUUUGCCUUCUAGGCCUAAUCUUUUAUCAAGUGCCUACAGAAGUACAGUACGUGUGCAACUGUUGGCACCCUUGGAGACUUGGGUAUUCCCUUCUAAUAGGACCCAUUUGGGAGCAAUGCCUCCUCCCUCCUCAAUGAUUGAUGGCUGAAGGAAACACAUACACACUCUCUUUAAGGCAGGGCUGGCCAACUUCUGUAUUAUGCGGUGUAUCCUGCUUCUCCAAACAUUGGGGCUGCAAGUGUAUUUUAUCACCAGAGCCUUCCUUGUGGUGGUCAUAUUUCAUAAUAAAGUUGGUAAAAAGGUAAAUGACUCCAACAGUUAAGUCCAGUUGCAAACAACUGGGGUUGCGGCGCUCAUCUCGCUUUACUGUCCAAGGGAGCUGAUGUUUGUCCGCAGACAGUUUUUCCGAGUCAUGUAGCCAGCAUGACUAAACUGCUUCUGGCGAAACCAGAGCAGUGCACGGAAACUCCGUUUACCUUCCUGUCAGAGCGGUACCUAUUUAUCUACUUGCACUUGGAUGUGCUUUCGAACUGCUAGGUUGGCAGGAGCAGGGACCGAGCAACCGGAGCUCACCCCGUCGCGGGGAUUCGAACUGCCGACCUUUCGAUUGGCAAGCCCAAGGCUCAGUGGUUUAGACCACAGCUCCACCCGCAUCCCAAUAAAGCUGGUAUCUCCUGGUAUCUCCUAGUAAGUUUCACCUUAAAAAUAAUAAUACUAUGAAGCUCACUGGGACAUAGCCGUGGUACAACAUACAAAACCUAAACAGAGGGGGUGCCAUUAAAAUGUGGAGGUUCUGCAUUUUCCCCCCAUUAUUUUUUUCCUUUUCUUUGUAACUGGGACAACUUUCUUCCUUAAACCCUAUUCCUUAAUUCAAAGUUGAAUUUCCUCAAAGAACCAGUGGUGGAAUAUGGGCCACCAAGGCUCAUCCUCCUCGCUGCAAGGCAUUCAAGGUGUCCUGCGAGACUUUGGGCUGAGUCCCUGAACCAGCUUCCAUCUGCCUAAUCCGUCUGAUGGGAGCGGCAGUCUUGACAGGUCCCUUGCUUGGAGGAUCCUGGGUAUACCUGCACGUGAUUACCACUUGCUUGGUGCUCACCUGACUCCGCGGUCUCCUGACUUGAGCGCCGCAGGCCUUAACUGAACGUGCCCAAGGUUUUCUCCAGCUAAUCACUGCUUGAGUAAGAUUGCCAGGUGACUCACGGGCUGUUGAGGAGGAGGAGGAGGCGGAAGGUGUGCAUGGAUGUGCCUGCUUUCAGCACCCAGGUGUGCUGCUAUUUUAUCUCUUCAGUAGUUAAAGAUCUUGAGCGCUGGCAUGGGCUGGGAUAGGAGUGUCCCGCUUGCCAAAUUUUCGGAGGCCGAUUCCAUAUACAAGGCUGAGAUUCCUCUUCAAGGUUCAUGUGAAGUUCAAGAUUGUAUUCCACCCCGUUCGGCCUGGGACGUCGCUGCUUUGGAACAUUGCAGUGAGCUUGCUGAGCCCAAAGGUAGUCGGCCAUGCUGCUUCAUGGUCAAACUGUGACCCAAAGAGUAGCCACUGUUGGUCAGAGCGGUCGAGACUUGGAUAGAUGUAGCAGAUCAUCUGAGUUGGUUCAAAGCAGCCUCGGGCGUUUCCUCAUGAAGGAAACUCUGCAGUGGUAGAAGAAAUCCUUAGUGGUCAUUAGUGAAUCCCUGUCAGGGAAAAAGGCCGGAUGUAAAUAAAUUAUAUAUAUAAUAAAUAGAACAACAAUAAUUUUACAUGUAAGCUACACCUGCUGAAAUUCCUUCUCCUAGACUAGUAUUAAAGGUGCUGUGGUGAAUGCGUUGCAGCUGGCCAGACAGAACGACACCUUGUGUAUGCUAUUCUGGAGGUUAUUACAGUUGUUGUUAUUAUUAUUAAUCAGAUUUCUAUACCGCCCUUCAUCAUAAAAUCCCAGGGCGGUUCACAGAAUAAAAUACAGGAUAAAAACAAGUACAUAAGUACCGGUAAAACGAAACAGCAAAACAAUAAACCUUCACUUCCCACAGAUACAUUUAAAAGGCUGCAAAAUAUUCUUCAGACACUACCACCCCGAGCCAAUUUUUUUUUGGGGGGGGGGAACCCCCUUUAAGGCCUUGCCCUGACAGGACUCAGAAGGUGAAUCCCACCCAUACAUUUCUAACAAUUUCCCCUUCCCCUCAAAGCCAGUUAUGGGGAAGUUGACUGUAGCCAGGAGGUUUUUAUCCACUUGAAAUUCCAGUUUUCUGUGGGCCAAGUUCUUCCCCUGGAAUUCCAGUUGCUACCACAGAUUUGUCUGAUAAAGGACAACUGGUGGCCGAAUUCUCAGACCAGUAAGCAAUUGUGUCUGUCCCUCAGUGGGGGUCUGCUUGGUUUUAAUCAACAGACAAUUUUUUGCUCACUGGAACAAGAAAAGUGCUUUAAAAACUCAAGGGGGGCAGGAAAUUAAUUUGUGGUUUUUGUGUUGUAUCUUGGCUAAUGGCUAUUCGGAAAUAUUUCAUGUUUUAGUUUCCAAAGGUGUGUAUAUGGGGAGGGAGCAUUGAGUUGUGUGCACGCAGUGAAAUAUACUUUGGGCCCCAGACUGCAGUUCCCCUAUGGCCCUCCAGAUGUAGUUGGACUCUGACUCCCAUCAUCCCUGGCCAUUGGCUAUGCUGCCUGGGGUUGAUGGGAGUUGGAGUUCAACUGCGUCGGAAGGGUUGGCCAAGGAGCUGGUCACCCAUUGGUGAAAUUUUGCACCUUCCUAACUAGAAUAUGUUGCAACAGUUAAAGGAGACCCGAGUUUGAUUCAUUGAACCAUAUUCUCUCUCUGGCUGCCUGUGCACACCAUAUAUUUAAAACACAUUGCUGCCCCAAAGAAUGCUGGGAACUCUGCCCACCACAAAGCUACAAUUUCCAGUGCCUUUGAGAAACCACAGCUCCAGGAUUCUUGGGGAAAGUCAAGGGCUUGAAACGUAUGGGGUAUAUGAGGCAUUCUCACUUACUGUUUCUGUUUUGCACACGGCUGCAAUUCCCUGCACUUCCUUAUCUGUUUCCUAGAGCUCACCUUUGCAUCAGGGCUUCCCCAUUCACUUCAAAAGUGUUUAUGUGCAAAACUGCCCUUGAAAUUAGCAGAGAAGAAGCCCACUUGAACGGCAGGGCUUUAUAUCAGAUCCCAUCUGCUGAAGUCAUUCCCCAUGUGUGCAUGUAGGCAUUGCUUUCUGCAUUUUUUUUUUUACUAGUGUUUCCAAACCUGUUUCAUAAGCUGUGUUAUUUUGGGCGUGCAGCCAACGAUCUCCUGCUAUGUUUGCACAUCCUUGUCCACUUAUAGAAACACAGAGUGCAAUAAUCAGUGAUCUCUGCACACAGCACUCUUCUCACGAUGAAAAUUAGCCUGAGGUUGGCCCUUUGCCCACAGGCACCCAUUCCCCUGGCACCCUAAAGAUAACACAUUCACAAGGAGCAGAUUAGUCUAGACUCUGGGAUCAUGAAACACAGCAAAUACCCAGUGUGCAUGCAGCAAAGCAGUAUGCACACUGCUUGCAGAAGCAGUAAACAACAUUUAGCUUAUGUGUGAAUGGUAGGAUCUGUGCCAUUUAGGACACUGACCUUAUUUUACAACUUUCCCUUGAAUAUAAGAAUGUUCACCCUCCACCCACCCCAUACUAAUUGUACAGCUGCAGGUGGUACUGCAGUGGUAAGGAUGAUCAGAGGCAGUAGUGGAUGGAGCUAUUAUUAUUAUUAUUAUUAUUAUUAUUAUUAUUAUUAUUAUUGCCACCCAUCUUACUGGGUUACUCCAGCAACUCCGGGCAGCUUCCAACAAAUUAAAACACAGUAAGACAUCAAAAGAUUAAAAACAUUACCAAGUUUGAUUGUAGUGUAGACCUAUGAUCAAACUUUUUUCUCUAGGCCACAUUCAUUCCCCCCCCAUAAUAUUUUAUUAAAGCUUUUUCAUAAUACAGUAAGAUAAAAGAAACCAAGCUAAAUAAAAAUAAAAUAAAAACAGAGAGAAGAAAAAGCACAGAGUCCUCUCGCAAAAGUAGCUCUUAACCCACGUCAUGCACAGAAAGUGGGGAUCCCUCCCAAAUCUCACCUGGGAGCUUCCCUUCCUUCUCCCUGGCUCUCAGCCUCAGAGAUCUUCCCUGCCUUUCACCCAGGGCCCUUCCAUCAGCCAUCCAUCCACCUCCCUCAUGUAUGUGUAAUCCUUGUCCCAACGAUCCCCAGAUGGUGGAAAUGUCAGGUGCCAUCGCAGCGUCCAGGCAUCUUCACUUGGUCGCAUAUGGGCCAAAAGCCAGGUGCAAAAUGGGCUGAUCUAUAUGGCACCCCAUAUGGGAUGAUGGAAGGAGAGGCCCAUGCUGCAAGCAUGCUAAGGUCAUGGCUCAGAGAACCACGUGACCAACCUCUCAUGCUUGGCACUUGCCCCCCUCUGUGUCUAGAGAUGCCUCUUGAUCAGAUAUGAUGGUGUUCGGUUGAGAGACAAACAGGUGGACUCCCCUCCUUUCUAGAGUGAAAACUGGAGGGUAUUUUUUGGGUGCUUAAUCUAGGUCAGUGGGGAAAAGCCUUAGAAAUUGGGUAUUAUGGAGGUAGCUGUGUUGCAACUGCCAGUUUCUGUGUUGGUGGAGGGGAUUCAGGUGGGCCUGUUGAUGAUUUACAAAACCUCCCAAUCUCCUGUGCUGAAGGGGUUUGGAUGCCACAGAGGUAUCCCACUGGCGGGGGUCUUUAUCAUGCCUACCAAAAGUGUAAUCCGGUUACUAACAAUGGUCCCAACCUGGAGUUGGUGUGACCAAAAGAAUGGUAAAAAAAAGACCUUGGCCAGGAAUGAGUCACAUCAGGGCUUCAGAUGUGGUGGCAGCCCUGUUGCUCUGCUGUCAAGAGCCUUUUGUCAUUUCACCCUCCUGGCUGGAUAGGUGGUGGGUUUUUUUGCACUCACGGCUUCCCCAGGAACCCUGGGAAUUGUAGUUUGGCGCUGGUGCUGAGCAUCUGGAUGUAGAGAGCCCCGGCCUACUUUACAGAACUACAGUUCCCACGGUUCCCUGGGAAAACUGGGCCAUGACGGCUAAGCUAGUUUAAGUCUGGGGAUGUCUUAAUUAGGCCACACAUUCCAGCACUUCGGAAAUAAGGUCAUUUGUGUGUUUGUAAUGCCAAGCACCUCUUCCUGAGGCUCUUCUUCUUUUUCUUUUUUAAUUGGGUGUUUGUAUUCAUUUACUCUGUAAUAGCCUCUCCGGCACUGGCUGGAAAAGAAUGUGUUUGCAGUGCAAUAGUUUAAAACAACAACAGCAACUUAAAAAUUGUUUAAUAGCACGUUGAGUCUCUCAGUGGAUCCGACUUUUAGGGUAGCUGCAACUCAAGCACAACCAAGAACUUUUACUAUCUGGAUGGGCAGUGAAAGGUAGAUAGGGUAAAGGAGGGGAGCAGUGUACAGCAUUUAGGGUAUAUUUGCAAGCAUCCAUUUAUAUAUAUCACCACUGCAUACAUCUCUUCUUUCUGCCCUCUCCCCUCAAGUUUCCAAUGUCUAGAGACCUGGGAGAUGGACAUGAACCCUGAAGAAUUAUAAUGCACCUGUGUGUGCAAUACAGAAUGCAUUUUAAAAACGAGUACACGGCCUCCAGCAUCUUCCCAAAAGACAGAAUAGAGACCAGGGACCGGCAGCAAAAAGUAGGGAUUCUCCCUGGUAAAUAGGGGCAAUGGUGUGUUUGUCAAUUCAGCUAUGCAGCAAGCCUGCCACAAAUGCUGGGGUCCAUAUUUAUGUCAAGGACGUGGGUGGUGCUGUGGGUUAAACCACAGAGCCUAGGACUUGCCGAUCAGAAGGUUGGUGGUUCGAAUCCCCGCAACGGGGUGAGCUCCCUUUGCUCGGUCCCAGCUCCUGCCAACCUAACAGUUCGAAAGCACGUCAAAGUGCAAGUAGAUAAAUAGGUACCGCUCUGGCGUGAAGGUAAAUGGCGUUUCCGUGCGCUGCUCUGGUUCUCCAGAAGCGGCUUAGUCAUGCUGGCCACAUGACCCGGAAGCUGUACGCUGGCUCCCUCGGCCAAUAAAGCGAGGUGAGCGCCGCAACCCCAGAGUCGGUCACGACUGGACCUAAUGGUCAGGGCUAUUACUAUAUUUAUGUCAGUCGUUUGUGGCCUAUCAAUAGCCCCAGAAGGGAGGUGGAAAGAACGUUGGGGGGGGGGGAGACAGGGAGCCCCCAUUCAUCAAACAGAAACGGGACAACUUGGAUAGGAAAACGUUUGCGAAUUGGAAGGGGGUGCUGCUUGCUUGUUCCUUGAUUUGUCGAACAGCUUCCUUCCGGUUUCCAAAACCUCCGCUGCCCUUGGUAUCGGUACUCAUAGGUUGGGGACUAUUCACAAGCCUGCUUUGGUUUCCCGUCUUCUUGCUUUGAGUCUGGGAGCUCCCCUGCUGAAGCCGUGGAGCUGGGGAUGAUGAACUCUGCAGCAAAAAGCUCCCCCUCCCGACUCACUCGGAGCUGCGCCACCUCACCCUGCCCUUUCUCCCGUUGCGGUGACUUUGACCUACUUCGCUGUCUGAAGGCGGCGGCAGCACUUUCACAGGUGCCAGAGAGGCUGAGAUCAAACUUUAAAAUGUAUCGCGGCAGGCAGGAUGUGCUGGGCCAGGAGCGAAAGCAGACGUGGUCAGGGCGUGGUGGGGCCGCCGCCUAUUUGAUUGCAGAGCAACCUUUACCUUUGCAAGGGAUGCUAUUCCUUCCGUGAACCUUGCCAGGCGUUUGGAAACACCUUCACCGGGGUGGUAAACAAAGAAGCAAGGGGUGAUAAGCAGGCUAUCCUUUCUGAUUCCUGUUACCUGUUGAACUGAGCCCUCCCAUCUUGAACAAAAAAUGUUUUCCCCCUCCUGGAAAAUUUCCAGCCCUGAUCCAAAAGCAGUGAGGUCUGCUGAGUGAGACAGACUUGUUCAAGGCCACCAGUUCAAGUGGUAAAAUUACACACAGGUACCUAUGAUAUAAGGGACGCGGGUGACGCUGUGGGUUAAACCACAGAGCCUAGGACUUGCCGAUCAGAAGGUUGGCGGUUCGAAUCCCCGCGAUGGGGUGAGCUCCUGUUGCUCGGUCCCUGCUCCUGCCAACCUAGCAGUUCGAAAGCACGUCAAGGUGCAAGUAGAUAAAUAGGUACCGUUCCGGCGGGAAGGUAAACGGCGUUUACGUGCGCUGCUCUGGUUUGCCAGAAGCAGCUUAGUCAUGGCUCCCUCGGCCAAUAAAGCAAGAUGAGAGCCGCAACCCCAGAGUUGGCCACGACUGGACCUAAUGGUCAGGGGUCCCUUUACCUAUGAUAUAGACCCAAAUGGCUUCGUCUUCUAAGGGGAACCUGUCCCCCCCCCAAUAUCUUAUUGAACUCCAGCUCCCAUCAGCCCCAGUCAGCAUAGCCAGGGGUCACAGAAGAUGCAGUGAGAUCUGGAGGGCCACAGGUUUCCCAAUGCUUGUUGUAUGCAAAGCAUCUUUGAGGAGGUGCAAUUUUCAUGGCAAGUGUGGGGAAGCAUGAAGGAGGGAUGCCUGCCACUUUCUGCUGCAGUCUCCUGCAGUUGCCUCUUGCCAAUAGGCUGGCCGAGGGCGGGGGGCAGUUAAUCACAAAAAUAGAGGUUGGGGAAAGGUUACAUACCCCCCUCCUAAAUUUGGUUUGCUCAGAUGCUGUCGCUGUCAGGGUUGUAUCAACAGAAUAACACAUGGCAGCAAUGUGCUCUUCGUAAUUUUAUCCCAAGGAGGGGACCCACAUUUCAGUUUCCCAGGCCCUACAUCCCAUCUUUGGGCCGUUCCUGAACUCAUUCUGAAACCAGGUCACUGGAGACAAAACAAAAGCGAAAUGAAAAGCCCCCAUUAACCCUGAUGUAAAUGGGCUUCUGGUGAACCCAGUUGCCUAGGCAGCUCACCACAAGCCGAGCUUGCCAGAAACUUCGGAGGAGUGGUGUGUGAAAAUACCUCCCACUGUAUAUCAUGGGACCGGUCAGAAAACAGGCUCACCAGACCCAUAUUCAAACCAGGUUGCAUUCUGUUCUCCCCAAUUCCUCAGCUUGGUUUUAAAAACAAGCCCAAAUAUGUGUGAGCUUGACUGUCUCUCCUUAGUCUUGACAGUGGAUCAGUAUGCCUGUCUUAACCAGAAGGUUGGUGAUUCAAGCCCACCCAGGGGCAGCUGUUUGCAGGAUUCCUGCAUUGCGGGGGGUUGGACUAGAUGACCCUCGGGUCCCUCCGAACUCUGCAAUUCUCUGAUUCUAUCAUGGGGCUUUAGUUCAACAGCAGUGCCCAUGCUUGGCAUGCAAAACACACCAGGUCCAAUCCAUCUAUAGGUAGGCCUGGAAAAGACCCCCGGUGUUUUAAGCCGGAGAGAGCUGUUGCCCAGUCCGCUGUAGCCAAUCCUGAGCUACAUGGACCGAUGUUAUCAGGUGCCUGAAAUCCCAACUCCUUAAAACUGUGCAGAAGAACCGCUGCCAUGCAGAGGAGAGGGGGCAUCCCUUGUUUUUGCAACUUUGAUCAGUCCUUUAGCAGGAAAAAAAAGCAAACAUUGAAUCCCUGGGAACCGAGAUGCUUCUAAAUAUAUCACUUGUGGGGUGGGGGCCUCUGGUAGUGUUUUGUCCCCUUAGCAAUCUCCCCCCCCCCCCCAAUCUCAGUGAAGCAAACAAAUAUCCUUGUGAUCGCAUUUGGUAUCUUUAUUUCCCAGGCUCUCUGCCUGUUCUGGGAGUGCUGCUGCAGUUCCAACAAGCCCACGGAUGCACUCUGAUUUGUUUAACCUACUUAAAGCCAAAAAACCGAGCUGCUCUUUCCUCUCCUGCCCCUCCCUCCCCUGUUCCACUGAUGAAGGAACGUGCAGGCAGAUUAAAGCCUGCACGAGUAGCUAGUGUCUCCUGGCAGGCUUCAGCUAAGACCCUAGCUAGACUCGUGUUCCCUUUCUGGGUAAUCUUAUUUAUUGACACAUCACCAUUUUGCAAGGGAAGCAUCGGCCUCUCCUUCCUGGGAGGCGGGCUACUCUCCUUCUCCAGAAGGACAUCACUCGGAGCCGAGGUGCGCUGGGUGGGGAGGCCGGAUGGGACCAGUUAGGUUCAGUUUUGUACGGCUUCCAUACCAGGCUGUUGGCAUGGACUCCACAAACAACUGAUUUUUACUCUGUUUUCCACAAAGACAGGGUCAAGUUGCAUUCUCAGGUCAAUACAAAGGGGUUUCUCUACUCCAAGGGAGCCCCUUGUUAACGGCCUAAGAUCCAUCUCUCUCUGUCACAGAUCUGUGGCCCUCCAGAUGUUGGAAGACUCCAGAUUCAAUCAUCCCCAGCCAACUUGAGCAAUGAUGGGAGUUGUAGUCCUCUCACAUCACAGUUUUCCCAGCCCUGUUCUAUAACUUGCUUUUAAUGGAACUGCUGUGAUUUCAUGCAAGUGGAUUGUUUAAGUGGUUUCUGUUGGAUUACUGAUGUCCUUUAGAAGAGUCUGGUUUUUUUGAGGAAGGGGCAGGACUCCCCACUUUUUGUAGUGUACCCCAGUGUCCAAAGGAUGCUAGCAUUGGAAGGGAUGCAUUUGACCUUUGCAGGAAGGUUACAUCACAGCAUGGUGUCCAUUCUUUUCUGGCAAGUGCUCCCUUAACAAGAUACAACAAAUGCAGACGUUCUUCCAAUUUUGGCAACCCAAGUUUUAAUCUGAGAUAUCAGAUCCUUUGCUGGAAACUUUUUUGGCAAGCCUAACCAGACACAUGAUUUAGUUACUUACAUUUGUUCUGAAAGUCUUGCUGAUUCUUAUCUUUAUUUUGAACAAUGAUGGCUUUAUAUAUAUGUUUAUUUGUGAGAUUUAUCUAUGUUUUAUCAGUAUGCCACUUGGAGAAUGUUUAGAUCAAGGAGUUUAUACAUUUUCCUAAAUACGUUUUUUUUAACUGCCUGCCAUCGAAGCAGCCCUGCUGUGAAGUAGGUCAUUAUAACCCCCAUUUUAUGGAUAUGGGAACUGAGGCUCAGAUAUAGUUUGCAUGUUCUUGGCUGAGCAGAGAUUUGAACACAGCUUGAAGCCAUGUGCUAUUGCCUGCCAAACGUGUCUUCUUUCAUGUUAACAAAAUGUGUUAUCCUUAACACUGACUCCAGUUUAAUAAAAUAGAUUUCUCUCUCUCUCUCUCUCUCUCUCUCUCUCUCCCCCCCCCCCCAGUUAAUUUGCCAAACCCAUUUAGAUACUUGUGUUGGAAUUCAGGGCAGGCCAGCAUUAGAACCUCAAAUUAGCCCCACAUUUUGGCCCUUGAAUUUGGAACCAGAAGUUUGCUAUUAGAGAUUGGCCAAGGAGGCUGCCUUUCCUAUUGAUCGGCUAAGCAAGCAAAACCCGACUCCUUUUUCUUUCCUGUUGAGCUGCAGCCUUUAGUUAGAUCCAGGUAGGUGUAAAAUAAUUCAUGCAAAAGUCAACUUCAAAGUGAUAGAUUAGCCAGCCCAAAAUAGGGUCAUUGCUUGUAUCUGCAGAGGAAGGAGGAAAAUCGGGUUUCACCGCUUAAAAAGAAAAAGAAAAAAGGAGGGGGAAAACAACAGCAGCUCCCUGGCUUAGAUUCCGAAAUACAUCAGGACUGCCGCCAGCUGUUGACUGCUUCAAAGGCAGCGUGAAUCUGCCUUACAGACAUGCUCCAGAACCACCCGGGAGCUGCUGAAUUUGCCUUUGUCAGGUGAAUUCAGGUCACCAGGUACAAGGCACUGCAGCAGCAGCAGCCUUCAGUGCAGGGGCUCUGGAGGGUGCCUUGGAUUGAAUUUCAGCAGCGCCCGGGAAGUGCAAACUGCCGCAGUUUCUUUUCCUGCUGUGACAUGUUCAGUGGCGCAGCUGAGAUCCAUCCCCUGGUUUCUGGCUUGCUCGAGGUCCGAGGACUUGCCGGGUGUGGGCUGAGAUGGCCUCUUCCCUGUGCGCUGGUCCCACUGCAGAGAAACCAACUGCAGCGUCAGCAAGCAGGAGCAGCGUGGGCACUGUGACGGUGCUGAUGGAUGAGGCAGCACACAAUGGCAGCCACUAAGAAUGCCAUUCGGAGAGGAAGGGGUGUGCUUGACAGUUGGUGGAGGGUGUUGCUGUUGCCGAUGGUGCCCAUUUGGCUUACAAGGGGUUGGUGGUCCAGUUGUACCUCGGGUUACAGACGCUUCAGGUUACAGACGCUUCAGGUCACAGACUCCGCUAACCCAGAAAUAGUACCUCGGGUUAAGAACUUUGCUUCAGGAUGAGAACAGAAAUCGUGCGGCGGCAGCAGGAGGCCCCAUUAGCUAAAGUGGUGCUUCAGGUUAAGAACAGUUUCAGGUUAAGAACGGACCUCUGGAACAAAUUAAGUACUUAACCCGAGGUACCACUGUACAGGGGAGCUGACGGCUGCUGUUGCAGAGGAGAGGCUUCUGCUCUCAUUUCUCUGCCACUGAUCUGCUCUAUUGACCUUGUGUGAGGCAUCAUAAUCAUAAUUUUAUUAUUUAUACCCCGCCCGUAUAAAAACAUAAUCAAACAUCAAAAACUUCCCUGGGCCUCAGAUUCUGCUCCCAGGCAGGCAACUGUUUGUGUGGUUCCACGAAUGCCAGAAAGACCCCUUAUCUUUGAAAAACUGACAUUGGGCCAGAAUGUAUUUUUUUAAAUUACAGAAUAGCCAGCUCCUGUUCUCUGCCCGUGGAUACACACUCAAAACAGGCUCAGAGCUGUUUUCGUGUCAGAAGUGCGCUGUCUCUUGACAUCGCACACUCACAACUUGCCUGGAGAUCUCAAAACGCCCCGCUCCAGAUGUUACAGCAUUGUGAGGUGCUGAGCUGAGAAAGAUGCUAUAUGGGUUGAUAAGUGCUUCAAAACUAGGUAGAGCUUGCAGCCCAUAUUGCAAUCUUGCAAAAUAUUGUUAUUCAAGCCCUCCAUUCUGCUUCAAAGGAAGUUACCUUGUACUAGGUCAAGAGUUUUUGUCUCAUCCAGCCUGGUGUUUUCCAUUCUGGCUUUCCAGGAUCUCAGGCACAGAGAGUUCUUUCCCAUCACCUGCUGCUGCCUGAUCUCCUUUUAAGCUAGAAAUAACAAAAAUUGUGCCAGAGACCUUUUGCAUGCAAGAGGAUAUCCUGUGCCACUGAACUGUAAUCCCUCUUCUUCAAGCUGUCAGGAUUCAUCACGUUUCAAGGGACUGCUGCCUUUUACGAAGAAGUAAAUUCCAUAGAGAUCAAUGGGUCUGAUGCCUACAUAAAGGUAUAUGAUAGCCAUCGUUAAAAAAUCAAAAGGGCUGUCACAUGGAAGAUGGAGCAAGCUUGUUUUCUCCAGCUCUGGCGGGUCGGACGCAAAUGUAUUCUGGCUAAACACCAGGAAUGAACAUUUUGAGAGCAAGAGCAGUGGAAUGGACUCCCUUGGGAGCUGGUGGACUCUCCAUCCUUAGAGGUUUUAAGCAAAGGUUGGAUGGCCAUCUGUCAUGGAUGCUUAAACUUAGAUUCUUGCAUUGCAGGGGGUUGGACUAGAUGACCCCUGGGGGUCCCUUCCAACUCCGCAUUUUUAUGAUUCUGUAUAGUGCAGAGGAAGCGUCUGCAGUCCCACUCAGUACUGUUAGGGGUUGCUCACUCCCUUUCUCCUACACUUGGCACAGUAGCCAGGAGGGUAGCAUUUUAUCAGUAGAGGCAUAUCCAAACACAGGCGCAGGAAUUGGAGCAUCCGUCUGUGAUUUGCUAGGCAUCUUCUUGGGUGCAGGACCAGUGGUCAGGGAUGAUGGGAAAUGUAGUCCAGCUGGAGACCCGAGUCUGGGGAAACCCUGAUCAGGGCCACAGAUUUCCUACCCCUUCUGUAAAUCAAGGGUAGCCAACAUGGUGCCCUCCAGGUGUUGAUCAACUCCCAUCAUGCCCAGCAAAUGUGGCUAAGUCAAGGAUGAUGGGAACUGUAGUCUGACAACGUUUGGGGGAGCCACACUGCCUAUCCCUGCUCUACAUGGUCUUUGUAUGUUUCCUGAUCUUCCUCUGCUUUGAGCUGAUCGUUAAACUUUCCAUUUUAGAUUCCUGCCUGUACGAUAAUCUUGCUCAGCUGCAGUUGCAGAACCGCAGCACGUUAAGUGGCUUCAUUUUGUAACGAUAGUAGCAAGGAUGAAAUAAUAAUAAUGUGCAUUUGGAGCUAGCUGGGGCGCCACAAUGUGGGCGGGGGGGACGUGAGUUUAGGUGUCUUUUAGCAGAGGCGAGUAAAUAGGCUGAAAUGAUCCUAUUCAGUGCUAUUUUAAACUGGUGGCUGCCAACUUUCAGGGUGUUGUGAAAAGCCGAGAUAUAAAUACAGAUAAUCCACAGUCUGCCCACCUUUGAAAGCAGUGGUUUUCAGUGUUUCAGGAAAUACUUUGCAGACAGACUGAUCUGUAAGGAAUCCGUGUGUCACCGAGGAUUCAGAGGCAAUAUUUAGUGUGCUCCAUCACUCCGGAACACAGGGUCCUCCUCGCUGGUGGCCCUGCAUCAGAAUGUGCCCUCUAGAGAACAUGCCCAUCACUUCUGCAGCAUCUCUGCACAUUGCAGUGAAAGAUAAGCACCUGGCUUGUCUGCUGUUAUUGAUCUUCUCAGCAAGGAAAUCCUCUUGAUAAGGAGGUUCUCCGGAGCACAGUUUUCAGGCCGCUGUUUUUAAACAAAAUAAGAGGCAGAGAAAAGUAGAUUCAUCAGUGCAUGUGGUCGGGAUGAAGGAACAUGACAAGAUGUCUCUCUAAACAACUAUUUAAAAAAGGUCAUGCGAAAGCCACUCUUCUGCCGGUUUAACGAGGUGCCAUUUCUUACAUUUAAAAAACCAGAGAAACACAGAUGUGGGAGUGCUAAUUGGGUGUAGGACAGAAGAUGCAAGGCAGACUGGUCAAGGGUUUGAUGGGGACUAAGACCAGCAAAUGGCAAGGCAGCACUGUUAACACUCACAUUGCACAGGAGACCAGAAUGAUCAGAAACAGUAUGAGAGUUCUUGAGAAGCAGUUUGAGAGAUUCAGGAUUUGAGAUUACGCUUUGCACGCACAAGGUUUCAGAUUCAAUCUCCAACAUCUCCACAUCAGGCUGGAAGAUAAAAGGUAAAGGGACCCCUGACCAUUAGGUCCAGUCGUGACCGACUCUGGGAUUGCGGCUCUCAUCUCGCUUUAUUGGCCGAGGGAGCCAGCGUACAGCUUCCGGGCGUUGUGGCCGGCAUGACUAAGCUGCUUCUGGCGAACCAGAGCAGCACACGGAAACGGCGUUUACCUUCGUACCUGAGCGGUACCUAUUUAUCUACUUGCACUUUGACGUGCUUUCGAACUGCUAGGUUGGCAGGAACAGGGACCAAGCAACGGGAGCUCACCCUGUUGCGGGGAUUCGAACCGCCGACCUUCUGAUCGCCAAGUCCUAGGCUCUGUGGUUUAAUCCACAGCGCCACCCACGUCCCAGCUGGAAGAUACCCCUCUCUAAAAUCCUGGAGUGUUGCUGCCGCCAGUGCAGGCAAAUAUUGAGCUAAAUUGACCAAUGGUCUGAACUCAGCAUAAGACAGAUGUCUGUGUUCCUUAGUUUGUAUACCCAGCCUCUUGCAGGUUAAGGAUGCGUCACCCAAGGGCCCUAAGACCCAGAUCUGGCACUGGUGCAGCCUGCGACAGCUACUUGUGCGAUAUACACCUUGCCACCCACCUGUAUUUUGUUAGCCACUUACUUGCCCUAGUUAAGAAAAUCGCUGUUUGUAGUCUGAUCAAGAAACAAGCCCAUUCAUAGAAUCAUAAAUAUUACAGCAGCAGCAAUAAGUGCUGCAAAGCAUAUCCCAGUGUGUCCUAUAUGAAUCUGGCUCCAAAAUUAAGCUUUGCACUGUUUCCAAAGUUCAGUGUGCACAAGCAAAAUUCUCAGAUUUCGCAAAGCUAGAAAGCCGAAAUUGGGUAGAGAAAGCAGGUACUGUAGAGUGCUAUACUUACAUGUGUGGUGUACUGUUUCAAAUCACACAGUUUUUAUAGAAUCUAUACCAAACUCUGUUAUACUAUAUGUAUUCGCAUAAACCAUCCUAAGAAGAGCUGACCUGGGUAUCUAGAAGUAAUGAGAAGGUAAUGGGGCAUAAUGCAGACAUCUGGAUUUCUUUUUCCACUGCCAGAGGGAGAAUGGGAGAUUAUAAAUACUGGGAACGAGGAAUCCUGGGUUCCAUCACACCUCCUGCUUAUUCCUGUUGUAUAUAUGCAGAGUAAAGGUGCGUUUUUUCAUGGUGGGGAGAGAUUUAUUUAAACUUGUAGGAGUGAUGAUGGCAGUCCCAUUUUAACUGCUCCGUCCUUGCAGCUGCAAUCUGGGCUGCCCAGAUUUACGGAUUGUGCAACUCAUAUUUUUGCAGAUUAACCUCUGCUGCACUUAGCUUUUACCAAGAGAGGUCUGGUGCCUUAACUUGACCCAGGGGUCAGUAGGGCUUGGAUCAGUAGGGCUCGCUGUGCCGUUUUCAGGCAAGAGACUCUCAUUUUGGCUUCCGGAAAGCCCCCGUCCUCCUCUUAAAGGCUCCCUGCAAUCCCACACAUGGGGAAAGGAAGGGAAAGGGGCUGCUCUCCUUCUUGCGGAGGGCGUUCUGCACAUGCACAGAUGCGCUCUUUUCUAAAACCUGCUCCCUGCGGUCCCGGCUGGGCGUGGCGAUUCUCCUCCAGGAGCCAGCCGCGAACUUGUCCAUGCGCUAACAAGGAUGGAUCCAGGCACCUCCACAGCUCCCCUUCCUCUCGGAUCGCGUCUCUCGCCCGCCCCCGCUUGCAUGCAUGCAGCUGCAUGCGCAACCCCCCCCCCGUUUGCACGCCUGCAUGCAGCUGCAUGCGCAAACAUGCAAUGCCGCGUCUUGCAUCGCGGGCGCCUCGCGUGCAGAGAGCCGCCUCCUGCUGUCGAGGAGGAGGAUGAAUGCCGCCCGAGCCAUGUGAGCCGCGAGUCAGGUGUCUCCCCUCCCCGCCUUGGCGGCGCUCCAGCACGUUGCUUGUUCCUGACACUCGUUCCGCGGCAGCUAGAGGCGGACACGUGAGGCGCUGACCCGAUUGGAGGCUCCGCUCCGCAGGGGAGGCGAAGCGGAGCUGGGAACCGGAGCUCGCUCCUGCCACCGCCGCCCCCUCGGAGCUCUUCUCCGGCGGCGAUUGGCAGGCGCUAAAAAUAAGCGCCCGGGCUGCUGCUCGCUUGGCACAGAUGCGCGGCGGGCAGCGCGGCGAUCCCGGGGCAGUUAGGCCGCCCCAUUUGCAAAGUCGCGGAGAUGGGCAUGGAAGCAAAGUCAUUUAAGGGUUUUUUUAAGAGAUAGAGAAAACAGGGAGAAGUUCGUGACCAUGGGCGCAGCCAAGGGGGCCAGUUGACCCCCUAAAUCAAUCAAAAUCAAUACAAAUUUGAGGUUCCUCCCCAGCAAAAGACUGCACCCCUAACCAAAAACCUGGCUACGCCCAUGGAGAGGUGGUCGACAUAUUACAGUAUUUUGGGGGUUUUCUGCUCCUAAAGAUGUAUGCAGAGAGCCAGAGUUUUGAAGCGUAACCCAGCACCCAAGACUAGUGGGACAGGAUUCAAAUUGAUGCCCAAUUUCCGUGUGUCUUGGUGGAAUCAAGGUGUUGUUUCCCCCCAACUGCGCUUCUGAUCAAUGGGGCAAUUCCACCGACCCCUGCAAAACAACCUUUGAGGCCACUUCAGGUAUCCAAAAAAAGUGAUAAAAAUAAGUUCUGCGUGAGAGAUGCAUGCAUCUCAGUUCUGAACAUACAGAGUCGCUGCUAUGCUGAGUAAAGACCAUUUUUCAUCUAGCCCAGGGUUUCCCAACCUUGGGUCUCCAGCUGGUUUUGGACUACAACACCCAUCAUCCUUAGCUGGCAGGUCCGGUGGUCAGGGAUGAUGGGACUUGUAGUCCAAAAACAGCUGGAGACCCAAGUUUGAACUAGCCCAACACAAUCUUUCCCAUGACUGGCAGUGGCUCCCCCAAAGAUUUCAGGCAAAAAUCUUUCCUGUUGCCUUUGCUAUCCUUCUGCUGGGCUUAACAAGAAUCUGACCUGGAACAUUCUGCUGUAUGCAGAAUAUGUGAUCUUCUGCUAAAAAGGUAAAGGACCCCUGACACUUAAGUCCAGUCGCGAACGACUCUGGGGUUGCAGCGCUCAUCUCGCUUUACAGACUGAGGGAGCUGACGUUUGUCCGUAGACAGUUUUUCUCGGUCAUGUGGCCAGCAUGACUAAGCCGCUUCUGGUGAACCAGAGCAGCGCACAGAAACGGUGUUUACCUUCCCACCGGAGCGGCACCUAUUUAUCUACUUGCACUUUGAUGUGCUUUCGAACUGCUAAGUUGGCAGGAGCAGGGACCGAGCAACGGGAGCUCACCCCGUUGCGGGGAUUCGAACCACCAACCUUCUGAUCGGCAAGUCCUAGGCUCUGUGGUUUAGACCACAGCGCCACUUCCGCUGCACCUUUCCAAUCAGUAGGGUGAGAUUUGUUCCAACAAGGGGAGCACUUUCACCACAUCAUCCUCGUCAGGAUGCUUCCCCGUAUCCUCUCCCUCACACCCUCCACUGCCAAAUUAAUCCGGAUUUACUAUUUCUGCAGGGUUGUGUGUGUGUUUUUUUUCUUAAAUUUAUCGGAUUUUCUGCAGAAACGGUAAAUCCGGAUUAAAUGGGUGAGUAAUAAUGGGGCAGCAUUUUGAUGAGGACGGUGUCAUGUGGAUGCUGCAAAGGAGAAGAAGCGUGAUUUCACUUGCUAUGCUUCUCUUUGCAGCAUCUUUUGACCGUCCAGAGGAGGUCCUAAGGUGUUGAGGGGAAGGGAAGGGGUUUGCCUCUCUGAUCCACAGAACCAGCAGUGAUAGAAAAAGCACAUUGUGGGGCAUGCAUGCCUUGUUGAACUGUUUGCUUUUAGGCUGAGGUCAAGAGCCCACCAUAGAAGUUGAAUAGAGUUUGAGAUUGUCUUGAUCUAGGCCAAAGAUCAAAUGCAGUUCUAGAUCAUGCAAGCGAAUUCCCAGAUGCCCCUUCAGCUGACGGUCUGCCGAGCAGAAUGGUUUGAGUGCGCUCUCUCGCUGGGAAGAAACACUUUUCCCAUGCCCAAAGUUGGUUUUAAGGCUGGCGCUGCUUGCAGCCUGAACAAGCUGCCCUUGCCCUUAUAAGCUUCACAAUGCCUAGGAAAACAUAAAAGAGAGGCGGUUUAUUUUUGGCACAUGUUUUUGAAGCCAGGGGUUUUUGCAGGACAGAGCUGAGUGACGAUGAUUGGCCCUUACGGCAAAUUAAACUCAUUCUGUCACCAAAAGAUAGAAGGGAGCGAGGGAGUGUGGAGACGUUUGCUCGGAAAGUACUUCUCCGUUCCUGAUGUAGGUCGCAUGCGGAUGUGGUGUGUGAGUUCAGGCACAUAAGUCGAGGAGCCAGAGGCAGUGCGGCUCCUGUAACGCUUCUGUGUGGUCCACUUUACAAAAUCCUUGUGCAAUGGAGUACAUCUCUGCUUUUUGGUGGGGGGCGGAGGAAUAAAUGUUGAGUUAGUGAAGGAGGCAUCAGGAAAAGGGAGAGGAGCUGAGAGCUGGUGGGACAACUGGCCUUCCCCUGUGGCUCUUCAGGAAUGAGAGUUGUCAUCCAGCAACGUCUAGAGGGCCAGAGGAUCCCACCUGUACUUUAUAGGGAUGUCAGGGGGCUAUUGUUGUUAAAGAGCCUUCCUUAGCCUCUCUAUAGUCUCUUCCCUUUGGCCAGGCCUGAACACACAGGCUGAUCUCCCAUCCUGAUCAAUUCCUCUUGACUUCAGGCUCACAACCUGCCCUGGCCUUGAGACCCGGCAGUGCAAAGCCAUUAAAAAGGGUGUUAAGGGACAUUUAUACCAAGCGAUUUCCUAAACGCACUGUUGGAAGGGAAGCCAAUUGCCCUGAGCCGAUGGGGCCUCUGGUUUGGCAUUUGCAGUGGCACCUUGUGGGGUCCUGGCACGGCCUUCUGCCUCUCAGAUGGCCGCUUGGGCUUUCGUGCCUUCAUAUGCGUGCCAUCCGCUUGCCCUAGUUUUCGCGCAGCACGUGUCGCCCGGGCCACAUCAUUCUCUGCUCUUCCCCAUGCGCCGUCCCACAUGGAGGCUGCAUGCGUUCAGUCGGUCACUGGCUUCACACCUUCAGGCACAGCUGCCAGCUCAGUGCCCUGGCGGAGAGAGACACAGUUUUUUGCAGGGAGGAAGGGAGGGGCGGUGGUUUUGUGGCAGCAGUGACCCCAUUCGAGGCCACUUUCCCCAUUUCCUCCUCUCCGACCUCGGUGCGCAGGUUUUGACCAGUCAGACGGCUGGCACACAUGCCACCUGCGAAAAGACAGAGCCAUGGUUUGCCAAAGAAGGGGUGGAGCAACGGUGGUUCGAAAUCACAGCCAGGUUGAUGUUGGAUGAAUGCUAAAGGCACCAUUUUAAAUCGGCAACGGCUGUUGUUUUACUAUUGCUUUCAUUUCUCGCAGCCGUCGUAGAUUGCAGAAUAAAGUUUGCUUGGAGCUUUCAGCAGAAAGUUGCUCGGCUUGGCCUUGAUCGGUGGUUCUGCAAGCCACCUCAUAUUCUCCAUCAUUCCCUUCCCUCUCUUCCAGCAAUGCCCUAUAUGGCACUAGUUCACGGUGAUUUUUGCUUUCUUUGGCCCUCAAGAAAUGAGAGCUGAGGAAUUGGAAGGAUCUGUUUGUUUGCUAGCUGCCUGCCGCUGCCUACAAGAGAGUUGGUGGGCUGGAGGCAGGAACAAACUCACUUAAUAGGAGUGCAAAAAGACGCCUCUAGUCACCAGCACCUCUUUGAACCCAUGGUGCCCAUUGCCUUGGCAAGGCUUCUAGAGUCUUCUGUGAAGACACACCCAGGGGUGCCCUCCCCCCUUUUUAAACCAGGGGGUCUGCUCACCCCCACACUCACUAUUUACAUCCAAGCAAUGGAAUCUUGAAGGUGCACAAACUCUGGUGACCUGGUCCUUGCUCAGCCAGUAAAAAAACCGGCAGAAAAUUUUGAAUUAGAGAAUCUCCUGGAAAGUUUUCCGGAGCAUUUUCUUAUGCAAAUUAGGAUCAUUUGCAUCUGUAAAUUUUCAGUUUGUGUUGGAGGGAAAAAAAAAUUAAUGACCUGAAGAGUGAUCUGAUUGAAGAUAAAAUAGUGACUGAGUGCUACACUCACAACAACCCCUGUGAGCUUGGUUAGGCUGAGGCCCGGUCACCCAGUGAGCUUCAUGGCUGAGUAAGGAUUCGAAUGCAGGUCUCCCAGGUCGUCUGACACUCAGUUUUAUAUUAGGGAUCUCUUCAACCAAGCGACUUACACAACUUCUAAGCAAAUAAAUGUUCCAAGCAUGGUUUCAGCUCACACCUGCUAGGCGUCUCUUUGCAGUUCCACAGUCCUGAUCUUUUCCCCACUUCCUCCUUGUCCACCCUCACUCCAGGUGGCGUGAUCCUGUAUGUGGGCUCCACAGCCGGCUCCAGCCCCACCCCGGGCAGCCCCCCCAGUGGAUACCUGGUGCCUUCGCCUCAACACUCGCUGCCAUCCUCGCUGGAAGAGCUGACCCUUACGGAGAUCGGGGCCAUUAAGCCUCAACGGGCCAGCUCCCCGUCCUCGCCCAAGGUAGCCUUCCAGUUCCCCGAGGGCAUCCGCUACCCCAGCAAGGGCCAGUCGCCCCCAACGCAGAGCAGGGUACCCGCUGCCAAACAGAACGGAGCCACUGGCACCUUCACAAGUAAGUGGCUCUCAUUUUGUCAGAAUCUUUAUUUGGGUGGUAUUAUUAUUAUUAAUUCCUGCCAACCUAGCAGUUUGAAAGCACGUCAGAGUGCAAGUAGAUAAAUAGGUACCGCUCUGGCGGAAAGGUAAACGGCAUUUCCGUGCGCUGCUCUGGUUCGCCAGAAGUGGCUUAGUCAUGCUGGCCACAUGACCUGGAAGCUGUACGCUGGCUCCCUCGGCCAAUAAAGUGAGAUGAGCGCCGAAACCCCAGAGUCGGUCACGACUGGACCCUAAUGGUCAGGGGUCCCUUUACCUUUAUUAUUAUUAUUAUUAUUAUUAUUAUUAUUACAGUCAUACCUCACGUUACGUCCGCUUCAUGUUACGUUCUUUUAUGUUACGUCCCGCGGCGACCCGGAAGUACCAGAAAGGGUUACUUCCGGGUUUCGCCGCUGGCGCAUGCGCAGACGUGCAAAAUGACGUCAUGCGCAGAAGCAGCGAAUCGCAACCCAAGUGUGCACAGAUGCGCCGCUGCGGGUUGCUCUCUUUUCAUGUUGCGAACUGGCCUCCGUAACGGAUCCCGUUCGCAACCAGAGGUACCACUGUAUUAUAAUUAUUAUUAUUAUUAUUAGGUUUUUCAAAAAACUUUAACAAAUUUACUUCACAUCCAAUUCUAUGAUUCUAAAAUCUGCCUAGUUGCUUGCGAUUUUAAAACCUACUUUACUGCAAAGGCUCAAGGCUGGGACCAGUCUUUCUUCUCAUUUACCCUUUAAUUUAUCGCUUGGGAGCGCGAGCCCAUUGCUACUCCCGUUUUAAAGAAGGGAAGAAACGUUUCACUUAGCUGAAGCGGGUCUGGUGUUGUGUUGGCAUACGAAUCUCCAUUUCCAUUGGGCCUGCACACUCAAAACCGGCCUUGCCCAACCAGUUGAAUCUCCAGCCAUUUUGGACUUAACAACUGCCAUUACUAUUGGGAGCGCUGCCACCUCUGGCUAAUAAUGCAAGUUAUAGCUCCCGAAAUCUGGAGGACGCCAUGUUGGGGGGGGGGAUUGGCAGGGGUCAGAGACUGAGGGUGGAGAGGAGGGCACAGGUGGAGAAUUAACCACCAUUCUUCUCUCCCUCAACAGAGACAGGUGGGAUGGUUCUGCUCUGCAAGGUUUGCGGUGACAUUGCCUCAGGCUUCCACUAUGGCGUCCAUGCUUGUGAGGGAUGCAAGGUAAGCUGCGCUCUGCUUAUUCUCCUUUUCACAUGUCUAAAGUAUUCUCUUAAGCGAUAAGGACUGGAAAUUGUUUUUUUUUUCUAAGUAAAAAAGAACCAAGCUGAGAUCCUUAGAACACUGAAUUUGGCACCUUUUAUCGAAUCUUCUGCUUGUGCAUUGGAAUGUGGAUCACACACAACUCUGAUUCUUGUGUGUGCUUUUCAUAGAUCUCGGGACUAUGUUUUCCAAACCAGCCGUGAGCUCUGCAUUAACUGGUUUACUUUUAAAGUGCCUUGCAGAAGUGAUUAGUCUUGACUCUCUCGUGCCCUUCUCCCUGUUUGCAUUGAAAGCAGGCGUGCUGUAUACUGCAAUAUGCUCCCUAGCCAAGUAGGCGUUGAAAGGCGACGCUCAGACAUGGCUAGAAGAGACAAAACGGAUGCUUUGGUUAUGACCAGGGGCAUUGCUAGGUGCUUAUGCGGUAAAGGCCUUAUGGCACAAGGCUGCAUAAUAUUUGCAUAUUCUAAUUUGUACCUAUAGAUGCCUCUGAGAAAUUAAGAUUGCAAGUUGCUGGGAGUCUCACUACCACUGUGUGUGUGUGUGUGUGUGUGUGUGUGUGUGUGUGUGUGUGUCAAAAGGGGAGCAGGGAAGGGUUGAGAGACCCAGACCCUGCUGCAAAACACCCCUCCCCAAAAGACCCCCACAUACUGUGGCUCAGGCCAUCUUGGCGGCCCCCUAACAACAUUGCUGCAGCUUAUCAAACCAAUUGGAGACCACUUUGUUUGCUGUCCAUCCAAACUGGCCCCCUGGGAAUUUGGGGGAGAUUUAACUUGUGCUAGGUUCCUUGUAGCUCAUUGCAACCCCUUCAGCCAACUUUUGGAAAGAAGCUAACAGCAAUUUCAGCUUUAAAUACAACUCUGAAAACAGAGCAGAUAGGGCAUCCGGAAUUUCCCAGACAUAGCCAGGAUUCAUCCAUCAAAAAUAGUGUCCGGGUGGAAUUUUUGAAAAUGGGUUAAAAUGUCCGGGGAAAACCGGAGCAGAAGUGUUGAAUUUUUUUGCGAAUUUCCUGAAAAAUAGCUAAGAAGCAUCAUUUUGGGGAGAGAUGUUCACUUUUGGAAAUAUGGCAACCAUAAGUGCAGACCAGGGACGCGGGUGGCACUGUGGGUUAAAGCACAGAGCCUAGGACUUGCCGAUCAGAAGGUCGGCGGUUCGAAUCCCCGCGAUGGGGUGAGCUCCCAUUGCUCAGUCCCUGCUUCUGCCAACCUAGCAAUUCAGAAGCACGUCAGAGUGCAAGUAGAUAAAUAGUCCCUCCUCCGGCAGGAAGAUAAACAGCGCUUCCAUGCACUACUCUGGUUCGCCAGAAGUGGCUUAGUCAUACUGGCCACAUGACUCGGAAGCUGUACACCAGCUCCCUCGGCCAAUAAAGCAAGAUAAGCGCCGCAGCCCCAGAGUCGGCCACGACUGGACCUAAUGGUCAGGGGUCCCUUUACCUAAAUGCAGACCAGGGGGUCAGCGCGUGACGUGUGUUAGUAUUAGUUUCUCUUUGCUAACCUGGUCGCUGUUCCAUUCCGUCCGCCAGGGGUUCUUUCGCAGGAGCAUUCAGCAGAACAUCAACUACAAGAUGUGUGUGAAGAACGAAAACUGCAUGAUCAUGAGGAUGAACCGCAACCGCUGCCAGCACUGCCGCUUCAAGAAGUGCCUGGCGGUGGGCAUGUCAAGAGAUGGUAAGCAUCUAGGCAGGGUCAGAACAACCACCAGAGCAGCAGACUCUUGCUUUCAGGGCUGUGGGUUCGAGCCCCACGUUGGGCAAAAAAUAUCCUGCAUUGCAAGGGGUUGGACUAGAUGACCCUUGAGGUCCCUUCCAGCUCUGCAAUUCUAUGAUUCCAUGUUUCGGGGCAGCUGUAAUGAAUUACUUUCAGUGACAAUCCAGAGCUUUGGAUGUACAUCAAUAACAGGCCCUGUGGUUUUCCUGCAAGUGCGUUAGAAUUAGUUGAGCAACACCAAACUGCAUUGAAGUGUCCUGUGUUUCAUCUAAGAGAUAGUAGGCAGAGUGUUUGUUUACAGUCUUGUAAAACACGCUCCCUUUAGGAAAGGCAGACCUGGGGGCAUCCUCCCUAAAAUGGCUAGGGAGUGGGGCGUGAGAAAAGGGUGCUAUACCCUGGUUUGCUUUCUAAUUAAUGUCCCACGAUACAAAGCCCAAGCCAGCCUUUAAAGCACAAGCAACGGCUGGCUGUUUCCUCUGCUCCUUUAUUCUUACAAGGGCACUGUGUCAGCAAAUCCUUUGGUUGAUAAAUAGAGCCCUGGGCUGAUUUAUGCUUCCAGGCCAGGAUUUCCAGGGCAACGGAGAAAGUUGUGGGAGGAGCCCCUCUUGCCCGGAAAGCAGGCAGCUUUCUUUGAUUAAUGGUCACGACAACUCUCUUGGGUACAUGAUAGAUGUACCCAGAAACCUUGAGGAGCUGGUGACUAAUUUCGGCUUCGCAGUGACGCUGUGGGUUUGGGAACAGGGUUGGAUCUGGUCCCCCUCCGCUUUGUCUGCGGAAAAGUUAAUGCCAAAAUCGGCAGUCGCCGCCACCCCACAAGUUGCAGAAAUUGUGCAUACGUGCAGUGGGUCGGUGCAUCUAGCUGUUAACCAGAAGGUUGGUGGUUCAAGCCCACCCACCCAGGGACAGCUGUGGGCAUUGCAGAGGUUUGGACUAGAAGACCCUCGGGACCCCUUCCUCCAGUGUGGUGUAGUGGUUAAGAGCGGUAGAUUUGUAAUCUGGUGAACCGGGUUCACGUCUCCGCUCCUCAACAUGCAGCUGCUGGGUGACCUUGGGCUAGCCACACUUCUCUGAAGUCUCUCAGCCCCACUCACCUCACAGAGUGUUUGCUGUGGGGGAGGAAGGGAAAGGAGAAUGUUAGCUGCUUUGAGACUCCUUCGGGCAGCGAUAAAGCGGGAUAUCAAAUGCAAACACCUCCACAGUUUUAUGAUUCUAUGAUUCUAUGUGAGAUCAGCUUACCUGAUUUGGCCUGUACCUAUUUCAGUGGUGUUUGAGGCAAUUCCGAAGGGCUUCACCACUGUCUUCGCCUCCCCACCCACCCCAGUGCUGCCAGGUUGAAAGCAAGAACAGGGAGUAUUUGGGUGGGUGCAGUUUCCCCCACAUUAGCAUAGGGACAAGGAGAAAAGCUUCUCAUGCCGAAAUCUUCCAUCACUACAGAUUAUCCUCAACUUGCUGUUUAUUUUCUGGACGGCGGCAUGCUGUCCCCAACAGCUGUCCCCUUGACUUGCCCAAGAAGGGCCUGUUUCAUGGCGUCCUUUCCCCUCGCUCACAUUCUCCUGCCAUUUCUCCCCCCCCAACAGCUGUGCGCUUUGGGCGCAUUCCUAAACGGGAGAAGCAGCGCUUGCUGGAUGAGAUGCAGAGCUACAUGAACAGCCUGAACGAGGCCCCCAUGGACGUUGGCAUGAGCCCCGAGGCGGAUGCUGCCCCACCCAGCCCCAACGCCCAGGAAGAGGAGGCCAUCAGCGCCAUCUCGAGGGCUUACCACGACAUCUUCGUCAGCGGCCAGGACCGCCUGGGCAAGCGGGGAGGGUCCCCCGGGAGCGAGGCCUGCCCUUUGACCAACUACAACGAUCAGCAGCUGAACAACUCCUACGGCUACGGGCAAUACGAGUCGGCCACUCUGCGCGCGUCCAGCUACGGCCCCCAGGAGCCCCCCGGCUUCGUGGACAACGGCUCCCGGUGCUUUGGCAACGAGAUCUUCAAGGCCCAGCAGGCUGGCUAUCUGCACAAUGCCGGGUGCUACCCAGCCUUUGAGUAUGGCUAUCCCGAAGCAAACACCCAGAGGGGCUGUCCCUGGCGGGGUACUACCAGUCGAGGCAUCGUAAGUACUAGAAUUAAAUAUUAUAUUGGGGGAAACACUGCCAUUGGAUGCGUGGCAAAAGCCACAGGAAUGUAGGCAUCACUGGAGAUAGGUUAUGGAAGAUGGGUAGGGACAAUGAUUGCCAACAAUGGAGCCUCCAUGCAGAGGGGCAUGAUACCUUCAAAUCUUUGGGGCAGACAACAGGGGAUGGUUAUCUUCUCUGCAUCUGAACUUUUCAUUACUCCCCAAUGUUGGCCAGCUUCAGGGAAAGAGAGAAUCAUAAUGAUGCUAAGGGUCAGUGCAUCUAGCUAUUGUUAACCACAACGUUGGUGGUUCAAAACCACCCAGGCAUGGCUGUGGGCAGGAUCCCUGCAUCACAGGGAGUUGGGCUAGCUCUACAGUUCUGUGAUUCAAUGCUUCCGAGCGGGCUUGAGCCUCAGCACGGCUCAGUUUGGAAAUCAGGCACUGGGCCGAGCUGCAGUGGAAGACUGCCUUCAGCUUGCAAAGCUGGGCUUGUUGGCUGCUGCAGGAUCUCCAGCAGAACGCUCUGGUUUUCAGCUGGGAAACGCUUCAAGCUCCCUCUGUUGGAAACAAUGCUCUCUGCACCGCAAAUGAGCCAUUUUCAAGAGCCCUCAGGGCUAUAAUAAAUACAGCGUCUUAUGUUGCAUUUUAGGAUUAAAUAAAGGCAACCUUCCCUUCAGAAAUGACCUGCUUGAAUCAGGGCAAUUGUAUUCCAAGGUCUAGCCACAUGUACACAUCACAUGUGGGUGACGCUGUGGGUUAAACCACAGAGCCUAGGACUUGCCAAUCAGACGGGGUGAGCUCCCGUUGCUUGGUCCCUGCUCCUGCCAACCUAGCAGUUUGAAAGCAUGUCAAAGUGCAAGUAGAUAAAUAGGUACCGCUCCAGCGGGAAGGUAAACAUUGUUUCCAUGCGCUACUCUGGUUCGCCAGAAGCGGCUUAGUCAUGCUGGCCACAUGACCCGGAAGCUGUACGCCGGCUCCCUCGGCCAAUAAAGCGAGAUGAGCGCCGCAACCCCAGAGUCGGUCACGACUGGACCUAAUGGUCAGGGGUCCCUUUACCUUUACUUUACAUAUCACAUAGAGAUCUGCGUGGCUCGGCCACCUCCUCUGUUUGCCUUGAGCUGGAAAUGCGGCCCUGUUACUACCUUCCCCACCUACUGACAUGCAGCGGAAUAAGGUGUUGUUUUGGACCAUGUACACCGCUGCUCCUGUUUUUUUAAAAAUAAAUAAUCUGCACAAGUGGCAAACUAGCACAUGAGGAAACAUGGUUCUAGCCCAGCCGUCUCCCCUGCAGAGAAGCUUUUCCUUUUUGCACAGUUAUAAAAACACGAGCCCUCUUUGUGGCAUGAAGUGGCGCACUGCAUUCUGCUACUGCAGGGCAGGGAGGGAGGGAAUUUCAAGUCAAUACUGGGAGUAGGGUGACCUCUGCCCAUGGUCUUACACACACAAACAUUUUUCUCCCAGUGGAGCUUCUUGAGGGGAGAUAACUCCCACUGGAAGGAAAAAUAGUCACAAACAGUUUUGUGUAUGAAAUGAUGUGCAAGGCGAGGAAAAGCUGUUUGAUAGAUUACCUGUUUCUUCCCCCACUGCCAUUUAUAUGAAGGGUGGGAAACCUACAACCCUCCCAUCAACCUCAGCCAGCAUGGCCAAAGGUCAGGGUUUACUGGAGUUGAAGUCCCAACAGCAUGUGGAAGACCCCAAGUUCUCCAUCGCUUCCUUGCAGGGCUAAUUGGAGGGACAGUCAGGAGUUUUGCCCUUGCAGAUGUUGCUGAGCUUUUAAAUAACAGUGGUUGGUUUUAUUGUUCACGAUGUUUUUAUUACACCCUACUCUGGGAUUUAUUUUUAAGGGAAAAGGAGACCAUAAAUUUCUCAAAUAAAUAAUAAAUAAUUUUUUAAAACAAAUUUUAAUGGUUCUUAAACAAAUACAGAUAACCAUUAAACACUUGCCCAGAAGCACAUCCAAUGGUCUUUGUUUUAUUUAUUGUCUCUAGACAUAUACUUAACACAUUCAGCUUUCAAACGUAUUGCUUAACAUAACCCUUCCACUGAGAAUAGUGAGCAGUUGGUAUAAGAAGGUCUUGAUUUUAGUCAUUAACAUAGUUAAAGAAAGGGGUCCACAUUUCUUGAAAGGUGUCCCUAUUUGUUAUGCCUUUAAUUGCCCACCUGUGUCUGGUGAGAACAUUGCUAUAUGUCAGAUAUUAUUUUGCCAUAUGUUCAGGGGUCUGAAUAAUAAAUACAUUUUAAUUGACUAGAGAUUACUACUCCCCCCCCCACUUGUGUGGGUGGUUCAAAUCCGUGUGACGGGGCAAGCUCCCAUCACUCUGUCCCAGCUCCUGCCAACCUAGCAGUUCGAAAACACGCCACUGCAAGUAGAUAAAUAGGUACUGCUGCGGCGGGAAGGCAAACAGCAUUUCUGUGCACUCUGGCUUCCAUCACAGUGUCCCGUUGCGCCAGAAGCGGUUUAGCCAUGCUGGCCACAUGACCCAGAAAGCUGUCUGUGGACAAACGCCGGCUCCCACAGCCUGAAAAGCGAGAUGAGCGCCACAACCCCAUAGUUGCCAUCCAGGGAUCCUUUACCAUUUACUUUGAUUACAUGAACCACCCUUUGCAACAUAAGGCGGUGUGACAUUAACAUAUGAGAGUGCGAGAGGUGAAAUAGUUAAACAGAUUACCCAAUCAGAACCCAGGGGUGUGGAGUCAGAGGGACUAUAAAACCAGCUCUGGGAGGGGCGAAAGGGGAGUUUGUUGGGAGUUGGGUGGUUGGUUGGAGUGGGAGUGAAUUGGGAUAGAGUCUGGGUAGGUUGAGUUAGUGUAGCGAAAUAAGCUGAGUCAGGAACAGUUGGGAGCUGGGAAAACAAGUAAAUAUCUGAAAGGUGGUUUAGUGAGUGAGAGCAGGUAGCGGAAGUUAUAGGUCUGGAUAGGCACCCUAUGAUUGUAGUUGACUGAGACCGUUUAUGAAACCACACGCUUGUUAAACUGCAAUAAACAAACAGAGGUUUAUGUUCCAACUUAACCCUGACUGGACUCAGUAUUUUACCAGGUAGGGCCUGGGUGGUGGCAGCAAGAAAUAAAGUGGUGGCGCAGGGAUCAAUAGACGGUGAAGCGUCCGGGGACCCUGUGUGAUCGCCAUGGGUGGCAGGAAAGAUGCAUCUUUUGGAAGUAAAUAAAUGGUAUUUGUCGCUUGCUGAAGCAGUGUAUUUGCAAGGGGUUCUUCUGGCUAGAUUGAGCUUAACCUUCUUUGCUGACCUCCUUGUUGUAUGCAGGCCUGUCCUCUGAAUGCCACCCCCUAUUGCAGCAACGGCAAGAGCAGCCAGCAAGUGUGGGAGGAAUUUUCGCAGUGCUUCACGCCAGCCGUCAAGGAGGUGGUGGAGUUUGCCAAGAGCAUCCCCGGGUUCCAGUCACUCUGCCAGCAAGACCAAGUCAUGCUGCUGAAAGCAGGCACUUUCCAGGUAAGAACAGAAGCAGCAGCAGGCAGGACCCGCAUGCAACAGCACUUCUCCCCAUUGUGAUUCUCAGCAACUGGUAUUCAGGGACAGCCUACCUGCAACAGAGGAGGUAGAAUCAUAGAGCUGGGACCACGAGGGUCAUCUAGUCCAACCCCCAGCAUUGCAGGAAUCUUUUGCCCAACGUGAGACUCAAACCCAUGACCCUGAAAUUAAUACUUUCAUGCUCUACCAACUGAGCUGUAGAAUCUACCCAUUGUGGCUAGCAGCCAGCGACAGCCUUAUGCACCGUAUUUUUCUCUCUAUAAAACGCACCAGACCACAAGACGCACCUAGUUUUUGGAGGAGGAAAACAAGAAAAAAAAAUAUUCUGAAUCUCAGAAGCCAGAACAGCAAGAGGGAUCGCUGCGCAGUGAAAGCAGCGAUCCCUCUUGCUGUUCUGGCUUCUGGGAUAGCUGUGCAGCCUGCCUUCGCUCCAUAAGACGCACACACAUUUCCCCUUACUUUUUAGCAGGGAAAAAGUGAGUCUUAUAGAGCAAAAAAUACAGUAAUUCUUCUUUUGCCCUGGGCCUCUCACAGAUGGAGCUAGGUGCAUACUCUCCUUGGGCAAAAAAUAGCUUGCACCAGAGGCAGUCAUUGUGUUGCUCUUCAGAUGUUUUUUAGACUCCAUCUCCCAUCAUCACUUGCUCAUGGCCAUGCUGGCUGGGCACAAUAUUGUUGCAUUUUUGGAGGGCCCUGUCAUUGCUUAGCAAUUGGCUCUCAUGCAGGGGACCCGAAAGGCCUGCCUUAAGCAGCACUCUUGCGCCUUCAAACAGCCGCACAGCAGGCUGAAUUUUAACAAAUGUAGUUCCUCCCACUGCUCAAAAACAGAAAAAGGUCAGACCUGCCACCCUGUGCUAUGGACAGGAGAACUUUAAGGGUACCUGGCACAAGUCAAUCUCGAACCUCAAAUGAAAAACUCAGUGCAACCUGUGAUAGGGAUGGGCAGAGACGCCCUUCGUGCUUUCAGGGCUAUGCCCUCCUUUUCAAAAUACCCUGCUGGCUUCCCAGCAUCUCCUUCCACCUGGUAAUAGGACAUGGCAACAGGCAAUUCCAAAGCCUUGUUUUGGAAUCAAUGAACGAUUAGCUCAGGAAGGCCUUUUUCUUCAUUCCUAGGAUGUUGGUCAAAGUGGCAGCCCGUUUGCUUAGCCCUCAACCUUCCCCUCUUCUUUCCCUUCCCAGGUGCUGAUGGUUCGCUUCUCCUCCCUGUUCAGCCCCAAGGAGAAGGUGGUGACCUUCCUGAGUGGGGAGACAUACUCGCUCUGCAGCCUACGCACCAUGGGCAUGGGCUCCCUGCUGGACGCCAUGUUUGAGUUCAGCGAGAAGCUCAGUUCCCUGGACUUGGACACACAGGAAAUGGCACUCUUCAUGGCCGUAGUCCUGGUCUCAGCGGGUGAGUCAAGGGGUCAUAACUGGCUUUGUGGGGUAGGAGGAGCAUUCUGCGGCUUGCAUUAAAGGCUUUCGCUGUACUUGCGGUCCUGUGCUGGGAGAAUCUCAAAUGAUUCCUUCUCGCCUCGGAGCAAUUAAAGGCACCCAGGGGUGGAAUCUGGGCGCGCUCACUGGCAAGGAGGCAUUGUGCUGAUCGCAAGGCCCAGCCCUGCAAACAGAGGUUAGAGCAAGAAGACUGCAGUAUUUACAGAGGGAUCCUAAUCUUUUAUAGCCAUCACUGCUUAUCCUGUUGGUUAGUUUUUUAAAAAAUAUUUCUUUUCACUUUAUCAAACUUCAUAGUUACACACACACACACACACACACACACACACACACACACACAGUAACAGUAAAAUACCUUGAGAUAAUAUAUCUCCUGCCCCUCUGGCUAGGUUGCCCCAGACACUCUGGGCAGCUUCCAAUACAUAUAAAAAUAUGAUAAUACAUCAAACAUUAAAAACUUCCUGAUAUAGGGCUGGUUUUGGAUGUCUUUUUUUUUAAAAAAAAGCAAAUUUGAUUUACAUUUCUAGCUUUUAUGGGGCAAAUUGGUAUGAGAAACGCCUGGCAAAAAAAUUUCAGAAGUUCAAAGCAGUUGCUGAAUGAUAUUUCCAGUACUCAGCAGUGAAGCUCCCCUGCCUUCAUUUUUUUUGGGGUGUGUGUGUAUUCCAGCAUAAUUUAUUGGUACAGAAUUUGGGUCAUUUCAGAACAGGAUUAUUACUAUUUUUUAAUGUUGAAUUGUCAUCUGCAUCAUAAUGUCAGGGUGUCUCUAACAAGUCAGCUUGAUGCUGACAAAUAAACAUUGCAACUAUUUUAACUUUACAGUCAUACCUCGGGUUAAAUGUGCUUUAGGUUGAGCGUAUUCAGGUUACACUCCGUGGCGACCUGGAAGUAAUGGAGUGCGUUACUUCCGGGUUUCGCUGCAUGCACAGAUAUUCAAAAUGACGUCAUGCGCAGAAGCGGAGAAUUGCGACACACAGACGGGUUGCUUCAGGAUGCGAACGGGGCUCUGGAACGGAUCCCGUUCGCAUCCAGAGGUACCACUGUACCAGUCUUUCCCCAGGGAAAUGAAAACCCCUCUGUUCUCCACGUGUCUUUCUUGUUUCUGUCAACUCAAUACCUUUGCUUUGGUUUUCAGAUCGCUCCGGCAUCUCUGACGUGGAUGCAGUCGAAAUCCUCCAGGAGACGUUAAUCCGGGCCUUGCGGACUCUCGUGACUAAGAAGCACCCGGACGACUCCACGCUUUUCCCCAAGCUGCUCCUCCGCCUGCCUGACCUGAGAACCCUCAACAACCAACAUUCAGAAAAACUGCUUGCCUUCCGCAUCAACCCGUAAGCCCGCUGGACUGGACGACUUCUGAAACCCUGCGAGUUUUGGGUAAGAAGAACCAAGAAUCGACCAUCAAGCAAACUUAAUGCAUCGGACUAAAUUUUGCUCCGUGGGGAGAAGAUGGUGACGGUGAAAGGAGAGGAGCAUAAGGGAUCCGGCAAGGGAGGGGAACCCAUAGCCCAUCGCAGCUGGGAUCUACUAGAGCGGAUCCCUCCCUGGCGAGGAGACCAGACACAGGAGGAAGGGUUUGUUUCCCAGAUAGUGCUCUCCGUGGCGCUGUGCAGAUUGAAGAUCAUUUAUUUUGCUAGAGGAGAUCAGGCAAACGAGCUGGACACGCGUUGUACCGUGUUGUUUUUCAAAUGUGUGCUGAUAUAUAUAUAUAUGUAUAUAUUUAUAUAUAUAUAUAUACAGUACAUGCAUAUAUAUCUUACUUUCCAUGUGAUAUUGUGUUGAAGUUCUGUAUAUAAAAACACUGGGUUUAUUGUGCGUAAUUAUAAUAACUCUUGGUAGCGCUUUGUGGGGUGGGUGGGGGAGAGGAGGAAAAAAGGACAAACUGAUAAGGCGAAUGUUGCAACUCUAGCUCCUUUCCUUUUAUCUGCAUGCUACCGCAGCCCCAGGACUGAAGCUCCCCCGCAGUGCUUUUUUAGAAUUCCUUUCUUUGGGGUGGGGAGUUUGCUCUGUUUCGUUGCUGCUCUUUCCCGAAGAAGGGAUCGCACACACAGAACUAAUUGCUAUACCGUCUUUUAAGACGUUCAGUUUAUGCUACAGAUUUUACCGGGUAGGUGUUAAUGUUCAGAUGCGUAAAGUAGAACUGCUCAACAUGGGCCCCUCUCCCACUUCCAUCCCUGCAACUGAGCAAGUCCUCUUUGUCACGCCUGACACAAGUGUCUAUGUCAAUAUAAUAUAUAUUUUGUAAAUGUUGCAAGCAAAAACACAAUAGGGGCUUCCACUAGUACACAGGUCAGACUUGCUCUCAACUUUCGGAGGCGGCCAUAGCAUGCUAGGAAGGCCAUCGGGCCCCAUGGUGUGGGAAGAGGACCGCUGCGAAGGGGCUAAGGCUGCAGUCCUUAACCUUGCUUACCUGGGAGUAAGCCCCAUUGACUUUUGGAGGGCUAAAUUCUGAGCAGACAUGGUUUGGGGGAGGGCAGGCUCUCAGAAGGGCAAAUGGAAGAAGCAGGAGUGCCUUCCUUGCCAAGUAAGGUUUAGGGAAACAAGCAGAGGUUAGCUGAGCCCUUAGGUAGAAAGGGCUAAGCAAAGCAAACACUCCGAAUACCAUUCCACCCAACCUUACCAGUUCCUUCCAGGCAAUGGUGCUGUCUUUUUCCAGAAGAGCGAAGCUGUAUGAGUACUCUCUCCCAAAAUUCCAGAACCUAGUUUUCCAUUUGAACCUGUAGAUCUUUUUCACUUUCCAGGAUAUGGGGCACAGAGCCCCAGAGUCCUGGCUAUCUUCCGAAGCUGCCUUUGUUAUAUUUAAUCCCCAGUCUCUUAUUCCAGAUGUGCGAAUAUAACCCUAGACUGCUGGCUAAUCGCUCUUUCCUAACAACCAGUUAGUUGGCUUGUUCCCGGGGAGGCGGGGAACACAAUGGAACCUAGAAUUAGCUUGGUUCCAACGUUUUCCUCCAUUCGCUAUACUGAAGGCUGUGUGUACUCUACACUUCACACACACAUACACCAGAUUUUGAGCCAAGAAAUGCUUAAAUUUGUGACCUGGGUAAAUUAUGCAAAUUAAAUAUCCUAUUUCUUUAUUCUGUACAGUUUAUGCUGCUUCCGCCAGAUGGGAAAUGUGUGGGUUUCCCCCCUUUUUUCGGGUGAUGGGGGCACAGGGUGCUUCACCUAGUGAUCCCUACAAGAUCUACUUGGUUUCAGAUACCCAAGCUACACAUGAUGCUGGCAGGCCCGUGUCUGAAGUAUAGGUGUCUCUGCAUGGUUUUGCACACCAAAGGGGCACAUGGGUGGCUGGGGUGGCGAUGUUCUGAACCCUUCCUUUGUCCCUGCUCUUUUCUCCCUAGUUCCCCCCCCCUCACCCCACCCAGGCUCAACACCAGCUAAAAGUGCCUGGGGAAAGGAGUUUUGAAGGAGAGAAAGAUGGCCGGUGUUGGGGACAGUUCAUUGUGCCCCUUUGGAGCUUUUAAGCUAUACCCCACCCCAGUCACUCUCUGUUUUACAUGUGCUUUCUACCAUUGUCAUGUGUAGUUUAGGUCUCGGACCUCUUCUUGCAAAGUCCAAUGUUUUCAAAAUUACUCUUGGGUUGUCAGGGGAAGAAGAUUUAUUUUCUGUUAAAAAGAUGUUCUAAGGAUGCUAAAUUCCAUGCUUGGAAGUGAGGCACGUGGAUUACACACAGCCUUUGUUAUGUAGCUCCAGAGAUCCCAGGAAUUGUUUCCCUCAACUUUUGUAUGUGAAACUGUAUAGAUUUAAAAGGAGCCAAACCUUGAGGUUGGUUGGGAUUUUAUUUUAUUCUGUUUUGAGGGGGAACUUGUAAGGGAGGCGACCAAAAAGGGGUCUUGGGCUCCCACUUCUCUCCUGUAGGACCACCCUCCUGCUCCCACCCCCCAGUGUCCUAACUUGUCUGUAGUCAGCCCUGCCGCCCUAUUCUCUGCAUUGAAACAUAUCAGGUCUUUUUACAUCCCAUUGACAGGAGCUCUCAUGGCAUGUUUCAGUCACCCUCCUGUGUGCAUGAUGUGGGGGAUAUCUGUGUUCUUCGCAGGGUGGGAGGGACACUGUUGUUGCUGCUGCUGUUGUUGUUCAACACUGCUUUUAAAAUGAAAAAAACAAACAAACCAAACAUUGCACUUUUCUUAGAAAUCUAGAGGAAAAAAAUGUAUGUUAUAACAAAGAAUUCCCUCCCUAAACCGGAGUAUAUUUGCUGCAAAGGGAAAAUAGAGAGGGUUUUAUUUGCUGCUGCUGGUGCUGCUGCUGUUGCUGCUGUUUGGAGUCCAAAAGACUCGCAAAAGAUACCGACAAGAAAGAGAGAGAGUUUAUUUUUUGUCUAAUAUUGAAGUGCAAUAAAUACAUUGAAAUAUAAAUAAAAUAAAGACUUGCUUAACAGUGAAACAAGUGCCUGUCAUUUUUGUAGAAGGUGAUGCAUAUACGGUACCUUUUGGGUUUGUUUGGUUCUACUCUGUCUCCUUUUUUUAUAGCUGUAAUUGCUAGUCUUCACCACUAGAUGCCUGUGUAGACCACAGUUGUCUCUUAUCUCCCCAAAUAUAGUACUCAAAAUGGGCCUACUGACAGGCCUUCAGUGCAUGGUAACCAUGGGAACAUCCAGCAUAUGCCAAUUCUCAGCAAGUUGCGUGUUUCUGCCACUGCAUGCAAGACCCAGCUUUUGGCAUGCAACCUCUGUAAAUGCCAGGAAAAUUAAAAUUUGUGUUGGGGAGUAGUUUUGUUUUUAAAUAAAAAAGCUGAAGCCUUGUGAGUGCCCCAGACUGGCCUUGCGGGAUCAGGCCCAAAGUCCUUAACCAGCAUCCUGUUUCUCACAGGGACCAACAGGGGGAAUAUACAGGAACCAGGGGCCGGUCCACCCAUGAGGCAACAGCCUCAGGCGGCAGGGUCCAUAGGGGCAGCAAAUUCAACCUCCAAGGAAUGCAGCGCCUGCUGCCACCUCUGUGGAGACGGCGAUAGCUGUGGCCUGCUCCUUGGUGGCUGGAUCUGCCUCCUCAGCAAUGCCCCCGAAUGCCAUCAACUGCAACCUCUGGGUGAAUAGGAGGCAUUGUGGUCCUCUCCCACCCUUCUUCCCAAUUUAGAUCUCCGCUACCCGCUUGUUCCUGGUGUAGAUCUUCCCUUGCCCCUUCUUUCCUGGUGGGGGACCCCCAUUUUGUGGUUCGCCUCAGGUGCCAACAUCUCCUGAGCCGGCCCGGACAGGAACUUUUAAUCAUCUGGCCUACUUUGCAGGGGCUGCUCAGUCUUCUGCAACAGACGAGGGCAGCAGAGAUGGCCCUAUCAUAAGCAGAGGAAGAUGGCCGCUUCAGGUGGAGGGUGCUUGCCCUCCAAGCUAGCCUUCUGCACCCUGUCACCUCUGUUGAAGUGACAUUCGACUGCAGUCCUGUUGGCUUCUGUACAUGGAAUUGGGGUGGCUAAGGCCCCAUUUUGUCCUUUGCCUCAGAGGCAGCUGGUCUUGAAUUAAAAGAUUGAGAAAAACCCUGAUUAAUUGGGAGCGCAUUUUUAACCUACCCCAAGGGUGGGCAAAUUUGGGCCUGAUUUCAUGUGGGUGGUAACAAGGGGGUGAAAUGGGAUAUGGGCUAGCAGAUGGAGACAGGAGUGGCCCUCCCACUGUUGGUUCUGGUCCUGUCCCAUCCAUAGCUGUCAACCGUCACUUAUUUGGCGGGAAACUCCCUUAUCCCAGCGCCGUGUCCCGCUGCUGUCCCUUAAAUUUCCCAGGUUUCAAAGGAAGCAGCUCCUCUCCCUCCCUCCCUGCUGGCCAGGGAGGAGGGAGGCUCCAACUGUGUUGCUUGGCUGCCCGGCCUGCCCCCCCUGGCCUCCUCUCACCAGCCUUGGCCCCCGGGAGUCCCUCCCCACCGGGACUGGCGGGAGCCUCGGGCCCUUCCGCCGCCACCCUCCUCGCGGCCGCCAAACUGAGCGUCUCUGCCUGGGGUAGCAUCUUCGUAGCUUGGACUUCGUUUUGUGUGAAAAGUGGUUGCUGCUUAUAGUUAUUCAAUUGCAGUAUUUCAUCAGCUUGAGCAGCAACCUCUGGAAACGAAGGGCUAAAAACCAGCGCUGCUCUCCAAAAUUAUCUGGUCCCUUUUAACUUCGUAUUUCAGGUGGUUGGCUAAAAUCCCUUAUUUUGGCUGCUGAUCCCUUAUUUUCGAGGCUGCUGGUCCCUUAUUUUCAAAUCUAAGUUGACAGCUAUGGUCCCAUCCACCACCAGAAUGUGGCCCUUGACUAAAAAACCAUGUUCCCCAUCCCUACAUUAAGCUCUAAAGGACGGACUUUUUGCGUUAAGGAAAGUGAUAGGAAAGUGUGGGGUGACACUUGCUUUGACACAGUGCCAUCUAACCUCCCUGCAAGCAGAACAGAAUGAACGCUCCUUUAAAUAGCCAACAUCGUCUUAUCUCACAGCAAAACAAGUUGGGAUGAACACUCAAUAAACACAUAUCCCUCAAGCACCUUUAUUUCCAAGCAUAUGUUUCCAUUGGAAACUAUAGUGUUACCCCACAAUUUCCCAGGCCAGUCUUCCCCAAGCUGGUGGCCUCCAGAUGUUUCAGACUACAACUCCCAUCGCCCCCGACUCUUGGCUGGCCUGUGGCGAUGGGAUUUGUAGUCCAAAGUAUGUGGAGGGCACCAGGUUGGGGCAGGCUGACCUAGGCACUUGCAAAGGGAGAGGUAAACAGAGGUCCUUGACAGGUCCUUUCCCCAUUAUCUUCUGUGCAUGCCACCAAAAGCUACGACACGGGCAGUCUCCCCUUUCUGCCUCCCUGCGCUUCAGAAUAGGGUGCCCAUUUCUCCACACGGGCCUCAUUGUACCCCACCGCCAGUGCAUAAUCUGGCAAGAUGCAAGGAUGAAUGUUUGUGCCUCCUCCUCGCUGAGGUCCCUUUCCCUCAAUAGCCCCGUUGUUCCUGGGCCGCCUGGCUUGGCCCUGCAGCCCCCGGAAUCACCUCAGCUUUGCGGUAACCAGCCGUCUACUUUGUUUGACUUGAGACACGGCCAAGAGGCCUGGACAAGGCAAGAAUUGUGGAGAGCUGUGGAGAGCAGAGGAGAGAGAGGGAGACUGGUCCCCUGCAUUUCUGGGAGUCUGCUGGCGGGAAUUACCUUCUCCCUCUCGACCCCCCGCUUCCUCCCCCCCGAAUCUAGGACCUUGACCACCAGCUCAGGGGCAGAUGUAGAGGAGGAUGAGCAACCAGGUGAUGCUCCUUGUGCAAAGAGUGGGGGUUUUAGCUAGGAGAAGGGAUGCCCGAUUUGAAAUCUCCACGCUGCCAUGAAGCUGACCUGGUAAUCUUGAGGUAGUCACAACUUCUCGGCCCCAAACCUAGCUCACAGGGUUGUUUGUGAGGAGAAAAAUGGUGGGGGUGGGAAACCAACCCCGAUAUUCAGCUCCUUAGAAGAAAGGCAGGGAAAUAUACCUAGUGCUAUUUUUCUAGACAAUGACAAACCUAGAAAGCAUCUUAAAAAGCAGAGAUAUCACCUUGCCAACAAAGGUUGGUAUAGUUAAAGCUAUGGUUUCCCCAGUAGUGAUGUAUGGAAGUGAGAGCUGGACCAUAAAGAAGGCUGAUCGCCGAAGAAUUGAUGCUUUUGAAUUCUGGUGCUGGAAGAGACUCUUGAGAGUCCCAUGGACUGCAAGAAGAUCAAACCGAUCCAUUCUUAAGGAAAUCAGCCCUGAGUGCUCACUGGAAGGACAGAUCAUGAAGCUGAGGCUCCAAAACUUUGGCCACCUCAUGAGAAGAGAAGACUCCCUGGAAAAAACCCUGAUGUUGGGAAAGAUGGAGGGCACAAGGAGAAGGGGACGACAGAGGAUGAGAUGGUUGGACAGUGUUCUCGAAGCUACCAGCAUGAGUUGACCAAACUGCGGGAGGCAGUGGAAGACAGGAGUGCCUGGCGUGCUCUGGUCCAUGGGGUCACGAAGAGUCGGACACGACUAAACGACUAAACAACAACAACAUUUUUCUAAAAAACAAGGUGCCAGAACUCACUAUGAACACCUCCUUAGAUUGGCAAUGGCGCCCACCUGAGAGGUGCCAGAACUGAGUUCCAGCAAGUUCCAGCUGAAAAAAAGCCCUGCUUAUAAGUCAAGAGCCUCUGAACAAUUGCCUUUUCUGUGCUUUCAGAUUGUUCUGUUUUAUCUGUGUAAGAGCUGCCUUGAGUCCUGGACUGGGAAAAAGGCGGAAUAAUAAUAAUAAUAAUAAUAAUAAUAAUAAUAAUAAUAAUAAUAUAAAUAAAUAAAUAAAUAAUAAAUACUUGCCUGAGCCAUGGCAAGCAGAAUCAUAGAGACCCAAAGGCCCAAGAUCAUAGCAAACACACAUGAGGCACAAAGCAGCACUCUAUAGCCACAUAUAGCUCAGACUUGUGUAACUGUUUUUCAUUUCCACUUAAAACGUGUCGGGAAUCUGUGGCUCUCCAGAAGGUCUUGGACUAAAACUCCCCACAAAAACCCCCCAGCAAUGGUCAGAGGUAGCAGGAGUUGCAGCCCAAGUACAUCUGAAGGGGAGGGAGAGUGCACAGGUUCCCUAAACCUGAUUUAGAGGAAAGAUAAAGGGACCCCUGACCAUGAGGUCCAGUCGUGGCUGACUCUGGGGUUGCGGCGCUCAUCUCGCUUUACUGGCCGAGGGAGCCGGCGUACAGCUUCUGGGUCAUGUGGCCAGCAUGACUAAGCCGCUUCUUGCGAACCAGAGCAGUGCACGGGAAUGCCGUUUACCUUCCCGCCGGAGCGGUACCUAUUUAUCUACUUGCACUUUGACGUGCUUUCGAACUGCUAGGUUGGCAGGAGCAGGGACCGAGCAACGGGAGUUCACCCCGUUGCGGGGAUUCGAACCGCUGACCUUCUGAUUGGCAAGUCCUAGGCUCUGUGGUUUAACCCACAGCGCCACCCAUGUCCCCUAUUCCCUAAUUCUCACUUCUCCUAAAUACAUUCCCUCUUGUUCAUUUUCAUAUUGUGUAGGCCCUCUGCACCCUCCAAAUCCAAUGCCUCUACUAAAGGUCUGAAAAGCAAUGAGCUCCCCACUGCUAUAAGAUUCCCCAGGCCUCAAUUGCGCCUCCCCCAACAGCCUAGCCUUCUGCUUGGCUGGCAGCCUAAUAUAAACUUUAGGUCAACUUCAGUUUUGGACAUUUUGCUGGCAGCCAGUGAAGGCAUGAUGUGAUAGGACCACUUAUUUGCCGCAGCUCAAUUUGCUGCUGCAAAGGUGCCUUAUCAGAUUUUGACCCAGACGUUCAUUCUCUUGACCGUAGAAUUUGGAUCUUUGGACAGAUUUGUGCCCCAUUCAGCCAACCCAGCAGCUCUUUACCACUCAGCCUACUGCUCUGUUCAGUAGGUUUCUGCCUGGCUCUCUGAACACAGAGAUUAAUUCAUUGAAAUGUAUGCACAUUCAGUGCUCCCUAUUGCCUUAGCAUUGCAACUGAGUAUUUAAUUAAAGGCAGCCAAGUGGGUUCCCUGGACUUCCCCUGAGGGCUUUCGCUUUACUGGCAAGAAAAUGUCUAGUAAGUCAGAGCUUUACCUCACUGACCCUGCCUGGUGGAGUGUAUUUUGGUCCCUAGCCUAGAACGCUGUGUGGAUUAUUUCUCCAGGCCUGGUUCCAGGAUUUUUGGGUGCCUCAAAAAGCUUGGUGGGGCACAUAAUAGCCCUGCUGGAUCCAUUUAGUCCAACAUCCUGGGAAGCCUCCCCACCCCACCCCAGAAGGAGCGCAACAGCUCUUCACACACCUGUGAUUUUCAGCAACUGGUAUUCAGAGGCACGUUGCCUCUGACAGUGAGGCUGAACAUCGCCAUCAAGGCUAGUACCUGUUACAUGGUAUAUUUUGCCAAGUAGAAGGCUGGAUGAAGUUUAAGCAAUGACAUCCUCAAAUAAGAUAAACAGCUCAGGACCGCAAUACCUCAAGGGCUGCCUCUUUCCACGUGAACCUACCCGGACCCUGAGAUCACCUUCUGAGGCCCUUCUUUGUGUGCCUCCUCCUCAAGAGGUCCGGAGGGUGGCAACACGAGAACGGGGCCUUCUCUGCAGUGGCUCCCCAUCUGUGGAAUGCUCUCCCCAGGGAAGUUCCCCUGGCGCCUUCAUUAUACACCUUUAGGCGCCAGGCAAAAACGUUCCCUUUUAACCAGGCCUGUGGUUGAUCUGAUUUACAUCUUAUGCCCUUUUAAAAUGUGUUCUCUCCCCCCCCCAGGUGGGGAUAUUGUGUUGUUGCUUUUAUUUUUAUUAUGUAUUUUGUGGCUAUAUAUCUUGAAUUUAUUCUGUGAACCAACCUGAGACCCCCAGGUAUAAGGCGGUAUAUAAAUUCUAUAAUAAUACAGUAAUAAGAGAAGCGAUGUAGCUCAGCAGGGGAGCUAAAUGAGCACGCCUAUUUCAGACCCUAAGUGUCCCUAUUUUCCACGGACAGUCCUAGAAUUACAGAAGCCGUCCCGGUUUCUAAUUUGAUCCCGGAAUGUCCUGGUUUUCCUUUGGACGUCCCUAUUUUGAUGGGAGAAAUGUUGGAGGGUAUGGAUAGGAAGUCCCUGUUUUUAUCGGAGAAAUGCUGGAGGGUAUGUUAUUUAAGGAUGCUGUUUCCACUAAAAGGAAUCUCAGGUAGCCAAGAAAAGACACUCACGAAGAUGAGGGAGAGUUGCUACUGCCCCACACAACAGGCAGGACAAGACAGACCUUAGGGCCACCCCUACCAUUAGGCAGUGGGGCCAACUCAGGAAGUUGAUUUAGGGUGCAAUAAAAUGGUUGCAGCAUAUUAGUUAUUAAAGAGGUGCUUGUGGGAGUAUGGUGCAGCUUGACUUGGGAGUACAGUGGUACCUCGGGUUACAGACGCUUCAGGUUACAGACACUUCAGGUUACAGUCUCCACUAACCCAGAAAUGGUACCUCGGGUUAAGAACUUUGCUUCAGGGUGAGAACAGAAAUUGCGUGGCAGCGCAGAAGCAGCGGGACGCCCCAUUAGCUGAAGUGGUGCUUCAGGUUAAGAACAGUUUCAGGUUAAGAACGGACUUCCAGAAUGAAUUAAGUUCUUAACCCGAGGUACCACUGUACUGUGUUUGCUGUGCUAUCCAAGGCCUCAAAAUGUCUUGGACCAGCACUAUAGCUCACUACUGUAUAGGACAUCUCUUUCUCAGAUCAGGCGUGGGUGGCGGCACAGUGGAUCUAGCUUCCCAGCAGUGACAUUAAAGGGUAAAGGGACCCCUGACCAUCAGGUCCAGUCGUGACCGACUCUGGGGUUGCGGCGCUCAUCUCGCUUUAUUGGCCGAGGGAGCCGGCAUACAGCUUCCAGGUCAUGUGGCCAGCAUGACUAAGCCACUUCUGGCGAACCAGAGCAGCGCACAGAAACGCCGUUUACCUUCCCGCCGGAGUGCUACCUAUUUAUCUACUUGCACUUUGAUGUGCUUUCGAACGGCUAGGUUGGCAGGAGCAGGGACCGAGCAACGGGAGCUCACCCCGUCGCGGGGAUUCGAACCGCCAACCUUCUGAUCGGCAAGUCCUAGGCUCUGUGGUUUAACCCACAGCGCCACCCGCGUCCCAGCAGUGACAUUACUGCUGUGGAAUUGGACAGUGAGGAGAAGGGGCAGCAAGGAAGUUGGGAUGCAUCAACAGAGGACCACAGGUACUUUAUCUCUGUUCUAAAUGACAGGCCGACGUCUCAGAGAGUCAGGAAUGUAGUUCAAAUGAUGUUGGGCCUGUGCAUCUGUGUCCAAAAUGAAACAAUUUCGCAGUCUGCGAAGGGGCUGGGUGGAGAGGGCUCAUUCCUGCUCCACGCUUAUGAGGACCCAUUCCUUUAAGCCCCCUGCUUGUCCCUUCCCCAAACUUUUCCAGAUGUUGCAGCUUUUCUCCCCCCCAUCUCCUCUCUCCUUGUCACAUCUGCAAGUGGUUUGAACUGCAGAGAAGAUCUGUGUGGAGUGGUGAGUUGGCACCAAACUUUCCUCCUUGCUCCCGCCCCCCCCACCCGCCCCGCUCCAUUCCCUGGCGCACGGAUGAGUCCAAAAAGUUAAGAAAACCCUGGCAUUGCAGGGAAGCUGGCCCACAUCUUCGCGUUGCGGGUCAGCACAUGGCUGAUUAAGCUGUAUCAGCGCAGGCAAGUUUCUCCCAACUCGCUUUUUCCUGCCUCGCCCGCUUCCUUCUAAUCUAGAUGCUUCAAUGUCUGUCAAGUCUUCAUGGCUGGAUCCUGACAAGCAAAGAGCUUGGCUAUGCAAGAGGUACCCAAGGCAUAAUAUUCCCUCUCAGGUCAAAUUGAAGUUCAGCCUAGAGACAGCAGUCAUUUUUCCUCUCAAUAGCUGAAAAAGGGCUUGGAAGGGAAAAGGUUCCUGCUCACUUACACUUUUGCCUCUAUUGAAACUUGUUGGGCAGGUUUCCGUAUUGUUUCAAAAACCUGCCCAAUCUGUUUGGCCAGAGGUAGCAGAGGGUCAAAAUGAAAUAAGUAUGUGUACACACCAUGGGAAGCCAGGUCUCUUGUCAAAACACUUUCAACCCUCUAAAUGUGCUUCUCUGUCUCCAGAGAAAUGUAUCAAAAGGCGCUUCUGGAAAUGGAUUAUCUGAUUAGAUAGUUAAAAUAGCUUCCCCGCCAGAUUUUGUUAACACUGUUCACACAUGUGCAGAAAUAUGUUAAGUUGGGCUUAGAAACCCUUUCAUAAACUUGUGAAAAUGCCAUAAGGGUAAUUCUGAAGGUAUCUGAAUUCCUUCUUCAGUCUGAACACGGGGAACAAUCCUUGAAAAAACAGGGCCGGCCCUAUCAUUAGGCAUUGUGCGGCAAUUGCUUAGCUGGCAGUGCAGCAGAUUUACUUUCAAACUCCUAGUAGAUAUCCACUCAAUGUUUCUAAUUGUUUGGAGAAGCGUGUCUCUCCUCACUACAGUUUUUUUUUUUUAAAGCAAAUACCAGUGAACACAUGGUGAGCAUGGUAGAACAUAUGGUGACCUUAUUCUGGGAUGCUUAUCAAAACUCCAGGCCACUGAGGCUGAGAUCACAUUGACAGCUUGGUCUUCCAUAGAAGAAGUGGGAGAUAUGACCCGUUGGACUGGUGUAUCUGGUCUCCCUGCUUGUCCCUCUUUGACCUGAAAGUAGGUAACGGCUGAAUCUCAGCCCUCUCAUCACAUCUUCAAGACUCUCCAUGAACAUGAUUCCUGCACCGAACACUCCUGUUUCAUUGGGCAUGCCAUGUGCAACAUGGGGAAAGGAUCUUCUCAGUGAUAGUCUGGAAAAGGCUUGGCUGGCAGUGUUGGCUCCAGAUUUUUGUGGGGCUUCAGGGCAAGAUGCCCUUUGUAGGCAUCUCUCCUCCCCAGCACUGGCUCCUUCCUCUGAUACCCCGAUGGAAAGGGCUGGCAAGUGACCACGUGGUGGCAGGAGUUGCCUCUUCUCACUUGCUUUUCUUGCUUGAACGCUGUUAUCUACUGAGUUGAAUAGGAUCCAAAAGGCAGCAGUCUGAUUGGUCCUAGAACAAUAGGAUUCAGAAGGCAGCAGUCUGAUUGGUCCUAGAACAAUAGGGUCCAGAAUGCAGCAGUCUGAUUGGUCCACAGGAGCCACCCAAUCCAGCUCCAGGUGGAAGUGAACCCGCAACCUGAUUGGCCUACAGGUGAAUCCCGGAAUUAGCCAGUCACGUGGGGCCCAUUGUGUAAAUAAAGUAUAUAAAGCAGACAUUCUGGGGGAACUUCCAUUCCUCCUCACCACUAUGAGCUGAAGAAAGAGCAUGAAAUCCACUCUUGACUCCGAGUAGAUUUCAAACACACUCUUUGGACCAGAGGCCAGCAGGUGGCAGUGAUGAGAGGAGCAGUGGCAGGAACAGGGAGUGCCAGCAGUGCGCCCUUGCCUAUGCGUGGGCUUUGACAGGUGCCCAACAAUACUGAUUGCUGACCCUAACUUUCGUGGCCAAAAGGACUUGCAAGGCUCAUGCUGAGGGUACUUUCACUGUGUGUUGGGGGGAGACUAAGGAGGAUGUCCCAGAGAGAAGAGUAAGAUGCAUUCAAAAGAGGCUGUUUUGGAGUUUUAUCCUUCCUGGAGCACAGUAACAGGAUAUGCACGAGGACAAGUGUGAUAAUCUCCUUCUUUGCAAGCUGAUCUCUUUGGAGACUGUCGCAGAAUCUGAUGCUGACUUUUUCCUGGUUGGGCGAGAACCUGUCAGGUGGCCUCAAAAAUCACUCUGGGUUUCAAAACUUGGCCUGAACGAGAUAGCUGCUUCCACCACCACCCCUGUUCCUGAUGUGUGGUGUGAUGUGAAGAUUUAUAUGCUAAUCCAUCACACACAACGUAAAAGCCAGGAGUAGAUUGUCCCCCCCUACAUAAUCUCUCUGCUGGGAACCUGCCUUUAUGGCUCCUUGGGCCGAUAUUGGACUAUAGAUCUCCAUCGAGCCGACAGGCCUUUCCAACCCGCAGGCCAUGGGCCCGGCUAAUGAAAUCACAAGCUGGCACAAUGACUUCAAAUGUGCCUGAAAUAAAUUCGAUUUGGAAAAAUGAAGAAAGUCUGAAGUGAGCUGUUUAUAGAAGGGGUCUGAGCAAAAUGGGCUGGCUUCUGGGAACGAUCUAAUCCAGUUAGGGCUGCGGAGGUGGCUCUGAUGUGUUUGGAGAGGACAGGCAUCUUGGCUUAAAGUUACAAUUGGAAGGCAUAUGGACAGGCAAGUUCAGUUCAUGGGCGCCCGUCUCACCUCAGGACUAGCCAGAUUUUCUGCCCGGUUUGAAACAGGUUGCCUCAAGGCUCAUUUUGAUGAUCAACAGUGAUCGUCUUAUGAUUUGGACCAACAACUAACAUUAUUUUUGAAAGGUUAUCAUGUAUCUAAAUUUCACACAGGAGACUGGAGUGACAAGCAGUCCUUAAAUUUCCACCUGAAAGCUAUCAUCUGCAGACCAGAACCACCCAAGGUGGAUGGGGGAGCCACUCUAGCGCUUAAUCUCUAUGGUGCACUGCCCUGUUCCCAAGGCAACUGUUUAUGACCAGCAAAUGAGACUGGUCCAUUAUGACAAAGGAGGGACUGCCCCACCAACCUCAGCCUGCCCUCAGCCAGCCCACAUAGGACAAUCUACAAUGGACAGACAGGACAAGACCAUCACUUCUUCCCUUGCCCUUCUGUACUAAUCUGUCUCGGCUAAUGUACCCAGAACCAACUCACGUAAGACUGCUGCAGUUCAGGGAAGGAGGAUGGCGUUUCUACAAAGUAUAUUUUUGACAUCAUUGUUAUGUGUUUGGCAGCCUUUCCCUUCCUUCUGAAAGGACUUCCUCAGCCCAAUUCACUCUAUUGAAACCUGCAAAUGGCACUCCGGCGUAGAGUUGUGGAAAGUAGAAGCUUGGGAAUGCAGACCCCUCUAUUUUCCAGGGACAGUCCCAGAUUAACAGAAGCAUCCCGUUUUUUUAUUUGAUCACGGAAUGUCCCUCUUUUCCUUAGCACGCCCCUCUUAUCAUAGAAAUGUUGGAGGGUAUGGAGUUACGCGACCCCCGAGCCAAGGAGAUAAGUAACUUCGCGACCUUAAGAAGACAUCCAAAGGCAGCCCUGUAUAGCGAAAGAGGGUUUUUUUUUUAAUGUUUAAUGUUUUAUUAUGUUUUAUAUAUGUUGGAAGCUGCCCAGAGUGCCUGGGGCAACCCAGUCAGAUGGGUGAGGGUCUAAUAAGACGUCCCUAUUUUCAUCGGAGAAAUGUUGGGGAGCUAAUGAACUAAAAUAAAUAACGAGAGCCAGUGUGGUGUAGUGGUUAAGAGUGGUAGACUCGUAAUCUGGUGAACCGGGUUCGCUUCCCCGCUCCUCCACAUGCAGCUGCUGGGUGACCUUGGGCCAGUCACACUUCUUUGAAGUCUCUCAGCCCCACUCAUCUCACAGAGUGUUUGUUGUGGGGGAGGAAGGAAAAGGAGAAUGUUAGCUGCUUUGAGAUUCCUUCGGGUAGCGAUAAAGCGGGAUAUCAAAUCCAAACUCUUCUCUUCUUCUUCUAAUUUCUACCAAGACAAACUCCACAUUGACUGGAUAGCCAAAGAGGAAGCUGUCUCCCUCCAACACACACCUCAAGUCAACAUUACUCCACUAGGUACGGUGCUUUGGAGGCCGAUCAAAUCCAUCUUUCUCUCAUCAUCUCCCCCUGUCCCACUUCACUGGUGGAGGCAGGGAAUCCAAGGCCUCAGGCCACAUCUGUAAUAUGAAACCCAUCUCCCUUUGUGUUGAUUGUUGAUUGGGUCAGGCCCCUCCAAUGACCUCGGCCCUGUCAGGACUGCAAGACUAACAAAUAUAAACAGAUGGAGCUUCUGCAGGUGGAAGCAUCCCCCUGGGAUCUCCCAGGUAAUCCUAUUACCCAUUCAUUACCUGGGAGGCUCCCGGCAAUGGACCCAGCUUGCUGCAAUAUCUGCUGCUAUUAAAAAAGAAAAGAAAAAAAGACGAAUCAGUCCCCACCGCCCACCCCUCCUUGCCAUGAAGCUCUUCUGCUCAGUCUAACAAGAGUCAGCAAACUUUUUCAGCAGGGGGCCGGUCCACUGUCCCUCAGACCUUGUGGGGGGCCAGACUAUAUUUUGAAGGGGAAAAAAUGAACGAAUUCCUAUGCCCCAGAGAUGCCUUUUAAAUAAAAGGACACAUUUUACUCAUGUAAAAACACCAGGCAGGCCCUACAAAUAACCCAGAGCUGCAUUUUAAAUAAAAGGACACAUUCUACUCAUGUAAAAACACACAGAUUCCCAGACCGUCCGCGGGCCGGAUUUAGAAGGUAAUUGGGCUGGAUCAGGCCUCCGGGCCCUAGUUUGCCUACCAUGAACAAGAUUUUGGGGGAAAGAGGGGGAGGUGGAGCAGCUCUAAGGAAACCUUUGCUGGAGGCUGAGUUCAGAGGGAGAUGCGCCAGUAAAAAGUAGCCAUUCCAUCCGCUCUGUUGUUGUUUAGUCGUUUAGUCGUGUCCGACUCUUCGUGACCCCCUGGACCAGAGCACGCCAGGCACUCCUGUCUUCCACUGCCUCCUGCAGUUUGGUCAAACUCAUGCUGGUAGCUUCGAGAACAUCCAUCCGCUCUACCAAGAGACUAAAUGGAGGCCGGAAUACAACACUGCUUGUGGCUCACUACCCUGACCAGUGAGAAGUUCUAGGCUAUGAUGACCUGCGCUUGGUGUACGGAUGAGUGAAUCUGUCAAUGUCAUUUUCUCUCAGUUUCUCAUAUUUCCCACUUUAACUUCCGUAUCAGUUUGACAUUUUUGUUUAAAGUACAGUGGUACCUCAGGUUACAUACGCUUCAGGUUACAUACGCUUCAGGUUACAGACUCCGCUAACCCAGAAAUAGUACCUCGGGUUAAGAACUUUGCUUCAGGAUGAGAACAGAAAUCGUGCUCCGGCAGCACAGUGGCAGCAGCAGGAGGCCCCAUUAGCUAAAGUGGUGCUUCAGGUUAAGAACAGCUUCAGGUUAAGUACGGACCUCUGGAACAAAUUAAGUACUUAACCCGAGGUACCACUGUACUCACAAGCAUUUUAGUGCAAAUUUAUACUAAUACACACAUGCCCGUAGACAAUUUUGCCUACUGUACUGUACAUAUUUUUUGAAAAUGCACACAUUUCUGUACACUUGGCUAGAGAAUGGCAUUUCAAAAUACAGAGAUGUGCUUAUUAUGAGGGAUGGCCACGCUUCAUAUUUUGCAUAUUGUUUCAGAAAGGAAACAUUAGGUAGCCGUGGUGCUAUUUUCCUAGAAAAAGAGGUGCUGGAACUCACCAUGUGCACCUCACUCGUUCUCUUAUACAGUGGUACCUCGGGUUAAGUACUUAAUUAGUUCCAGAGGUCCGUUCUUAACCUGAAACUGUUCUUAACCUGAAGCACCACUUUAGCUAAUGGGGCCUCCUGCUGCCGCCAUGCCACCGGAGCACAAUUUCUGUUCUCAUCCUGAAGCAAAGUUCUUAACCUGAAGCACUAUUUCUGGGUUAGCGGAGUCUGUGACCUGAAGCGUAUGUAACCCAAGGUACCACUGUAAUGACAAAGGUGCCCCUCUGAGAGGUGCACAAACUGAGUUAUGGCUGAACAAAAGCCCUGGAUAGCCUCAUCAUUCAGUGCAAACUGAAUAGAAUUUUUCCCCAUCCUAAGUUUGGCUUCCUUUGGAACUGAGAGAGAGAGAAGGAUAGAGAGUACUCUGGAGACAACAGCGCCUUUGCAAUAUUUGCUUUGAGUACGUAUAAAAUAGAAGAGCAUAAGUGGAGGCAAAUAAGAGCACAGUCUUACCUGUUGUCCCACUUCAGAUUCCUUAGCGAUACCUGCACCCAGAAGGUAAUUUCAGCCAUGUGUCCAUGGCUGGGGUUGAUUUAAUGAACAAACAAAUAUGCAGGUAAACUGAAAUAACUUUCUUCCCCACAGUCUGUAUCCCUAAGCAUUUCCCUCUCAGCUGGGCUCAUUUUUUGGUAUUGGAACCCAAAUAAAUUGGAGUUUGGGGGCAGGAGAAGCAUUUGAUUGUAGGGGAGUGAUCUGUCAGAGCAGAAGUCACCAGCCUUUAGGGGCCAGCGGGCAUAUUUGGAAUGUGAAACAGUGGAGAUGUACCAUAACACAAAAUGUCUCCUGUAGGCAGGGGCGUAGCAUGGGUUGCCACUGCCCGGGGUGGACUGAACAGCAGUCAGUCCCUUUGCCGUCCAGCAUCUAAUCAGUGGAGUCUGUUCUUGCAAACUUGCUCCAACUUAGGAGCAGAGAUAAGGCAGAGAAACGUGAAGCCAGGAACACCACUGUGCCGCCUCGCCCUCCUGCCUUGCAGUGAGGCGCUCUGGGCAACGCACGUGGCUCCAGAAGUGCUUUCCCACCUUCCUUUUCCUCCCUUCCUCCUCAGUAGGCAUCAGCAGUGGCACCACCCUACCCCUCCCUCCCUCCCUCCUUCUCUGCCAACCCAGGGGCAGGGUGCGGGUGGGUGUCCCUUCACCAUCCACAAGGAGAAAGAAGGUGCCCCCACCAGGUUGCACCCCCUCAGAAAUUUGAGCCUAGGGCCAUGGCCCCCUGCCUCCCCCCUCCAUGCUAUGUGUUAUGUACUGAAGUUCUCUGGGCCAGCAGGGGGAUGCUGUAGAUAGUUUUCACUCAGGUCCGCAUAUGCAAAUAAGGAAUUGAAAGUGACGUUCAGAGAUUGGAUAGUUACAGAAAGUUGUUACUGUUGCUUUGUAGUUGAGCUCUAUAUAAGCAGGUUGGAUGAACCCUUCAGUUCAGUUCUGUUCUGGCCUGUGAAUAAACAAGAGCUGUCUGAAGAAUCGCUGUGUCGUCUGAUAUGUUCACCUACAACUUAACACUAUGCCACUGGCUGUAGGAGCCUGUAGCAAGGCCAAUCCGGUACAAACAUGAGUUGAGCAGGAUGAGUCUCUCAUGCACUGUGGAAUUUUCAGGGAAUAUUUACUGAUUGCCAACAAAGGUCCGUAUAGUUAAAGCUAUGGUUUUCCCAGUAGUGAUGUAUGGAAGUGAGAGUUGGACCAUAAAGAAGGCUGAUCGCCAAAUAAUUGAUGCUUUUGAAUUAUGGUGCUGGAGGAGACUCUUGAGAGUCCCAUGGAUUGCAAGAAGAUCAAACCUCUCCAUUCUUAAGGAAAUCAGCCCUGAGUGCUCACUGGAAGGACAGAUCCUGAAGCUGAGGCUCCAAUACUUUGGCCACCUCAUGAGAAGCGAAGACUCGCUGGAAAAGACCCUGAUGUUGGGAAAGAUGGAGGGCACAAGGAGAAGGGGACGACAGAGGACGAGAUGGUUGGACAGUGUUCUCGAAGCUACAAACAUGAGUUUGACCAAACUGCGGGAGGCAGUGGAAGACAGGAGUGCCUGGCGUGCUCUGGUCCAGGGGGUCACGAAGAGUCGGACACAACUAAACCACUAAACAACAACAACAUUUACUGAUACCUUCUGCGGACACCAUAGGAGGUGCUGGUGGGCACAGUGUUGGCAGAUGGAGGAGUGUUCAGCAACCCUGUAGCUCUUAAAAUUGGAGGCCUGCUUCCUAUCUUAUAUAUGAUUGGGACAGAGCUGGCUUGGGAACAUAGGAAAGCACCUUAUACCAGGUGAGAUUAGUUAUCCAUCAAGCCUACUCUGACUGGCAAUCGUUCUCUCUAGGGCUUCAGGAGGAAUUGUUUCCCCACCCCACCCCCCGCCACAUCACCUUCCAAUUGGUUUUUUCCUCUUUCAGUUGGAGACACCAGGGACUGAGCGACUUUCUGUAUAAAAACAUGUGCUCCACUGCUUUGCUAAAAUCCCUCCCCAUGGUCAACAAGCUAUAGGUUUAAAUAAAUGGGUCUACCGCCAUCACAGCUAGUUUCAUCUUGAGGCCGAGAUAAUAACGGCUUGCCUUAAAGACCACCCAGUGUGUUCAUGGCAGAGACUCGAACCAGGGACUUUGCUGGCUUGCAACUCAUGUGCGCUGACCUCCACCGCCACCACCCCUUCUGUGAUAUUCUUGCCUGCGGGAUUGAGCGAGGAGAUGUGGGAGAGAGAAGGGUAAACCUUGAGGUAAAAAGCAUAAACCUCUCUGCUUUCCUUCCACCAGCUGAGGAAUCCCAAAGUGAGCCUCACUCGAGCCUGCUGCUGCAUCCUAAUUGGAAAUCUGCAGGGCAGCUGAAUUCUUCUUAA